AUGCCGGUGAUGAAAGGCUUGCUGGCGCCGCAGAACACCUUCCUGGACAACAUCGCCAACAGGUUCGAUGGGACACGUAAGUGGCCUCGGGGACGCCGCGGGGGGAAGAGUCCCGUGGACACGAAUCCACGCCCGGUCCGUGGGACUGAACGGGGUAUGUUUGGGAGGGGGUGUCCGAUCCAGCCUCUCCUCCACCCUCUCGCCUCACCAGCAGCCCCCUCUUUUCUCUUCUCCUCUCCUUCUCUUCCACCUAAAAGUUCUCCCCCGAAGAUGGAGGCACCCUGACGCCCCAGGGACAUUGCUGUCAACUUUUCCCUUUUCUUGCGAGGAAUCCUAUUCGGAAUAAGGGAACUUCCCUUAAAAAAGGGGAAACGUUGACAGCUAUGCCCAGGGAUGGGCGCUUGACUCUUGGGGCGUCUGAGAAAGGGGUCGCCUUUCUGCCUUGUUUCUCUUUCUGCCCCGCGGUCCUAAAUCCGGGGUGGAGGGGGUGCGUGCAGAGUCAGUAUUAUCUGCCCCAAGUCCUGGACAGUAACGAAACCCACCCCACCCCUUCCCUGCCUGCCUGCCUCUCUCUCCCCACCCCCCUGCCCCAAGCCCGCUUUGUGUUGGGUCUCUCGAGUUAACAAAGACAAACGCUCUUUGUCUCUGCACAGACAGCACCCACUGGAGAUCGAGAAGAUCGGAAUGGGUGGGUUGAUCUCUCUCGUUUCCCGAUCGCCCAGGGACUGAGACCCUCCCCCCACACUCUAUUAUUUAAGGGGAAUACACUGUUUGGGUCUCUUCUGCUGCUGCCCACCCUCUCCCCAUCUUCUGAUGUUUAGCUGCGCCACCAACUCCGGUCUUGUUCAGCCUUCGCAGGCUUCCUUGGGAGAGUUAGUAGACUUUCCUUUGUGCACGUGUGAAAAGAGACCGGGUGCGGCGGAACAGCUUCACCAAGGGUGUCUGUAGGCUAGGCAGGCGGGAGGGAAGAGUCGCCUGCCCGCAAGUGCUCAGUCUCAGGCAUGCCUUACUGGGCUCCGCAACAUGCCUUAGGGAUACCUAGAAAAGAGUUCCUCUGAGCAUGUGCGAAAGGGUUUUCUCUCCCUUUCUCACCCUUAGGGAGACUCCUCACGCGUCUGGGAUUAGAAGUUUUCUUCGCCCCUCUUUUUUCUCCCUCCUUCAUUGUCUCCCUUGAGAUCUGCGUUUAGGUUGGAAGCUCCUCGCGGCAGGCACCUAUCUUGCUUGCUUUUGCGGGUAUGGGGGACGACGACACUAUUUAUAUUGAUGGUGAGACCACAACAGCGAGGAGGAAGUCAGGGCUGUAUAUAAGGGAGCGUGAGUUGCAUGCAUUGCUACUUUUCGGAAACUUUUUCGACACGGUGCCUCUCUAUGCGUGUGGCUAGGAAAUCCUUUCCCUUCCCGAUCUCCUAGAGGCAAAGUGAAGCGAGGGCUGUGGGAUUUGGGGUGCUUUUAAGGGCAUCCGACAAGGGGGGUAGGCAGUUCUCUUGCGCGAAGCCCACUGAGCUGCGCGAUCCCUGUUCAGCCCGUCCCUGGGCACCUCCCGAUUUCGACUUGAACACAUUUAUUCGUUUAUUACAUUUGAGCCCCAUCAUUCUUCCAAAGAGCUGAGGGUGAUGCAAAUGGCCUUUCCAUAGUAUCUUCACAACAACCCUGUGAGUUAGGCUGAGCUGAACGUGUCCGUGUAACUGGCCCGGGGUCACCCCGUGAGCAUCGUGUCUGCAGUGGUGCAGAAGGACUUCCGAGUGGAAGUCACACCCCCCCCCCAUUCAGCGCAAUGAGCGGAAGGACCACACUCUUUAGACUGGAUUACCAUUCAAAGCGAGGGGCAUCGCGACUCCUUUAAGUCUAGAGUUUUAAAUUAACUACCUAACUGCAUCACUGUUUGCUCCACGACUCACCCAGACCCAGUCAGAAGCUCUUUGGGAUGCCAGGAGAACUAAGCCUAUGGAGCCAUAAGAAGGAGCAACCCUGAGCAUGUGCAAAGAGCCUUUCCCCCUUUACCAAACAACCACAGUGUGCCCACCCUCCUGUGUGCGAGGAAGGAGCCCCAGCGUUUGUCCUUUUAAAAAUGAAGCUAGGCUCGGUCAGGAGGAAGGCGUGCUUGCUGCAGCAAGCAGUGACUCUCUGCCCACGUGCAGAGUUCUUUUUCACCUUCACCCGUGAGAAAAAAACCCCCACAUACAGCUAGUUAAAAGGGAGAAAAGGCUGGGGGCAUCUGUCGAGGAUUCUUUAGCUGUGAUUCCCUGCAUUACAGGGGGCUGGACUAAAUGAUCCUUGGGUUCUCCUCCAGCUCUACGAUUCUAUGGCACUUUCCAGGUGAGACCGAAAAGGGAAGAGGGAGCGAGCCACAGAGGAUGGGAAAGUCCUCCUUUCUCAAUCCCAGAGAAAUGCUUGCGGGUCGAAGGAGGCUGCGCGCGCUGGGCGCAAUCUGAAAUGCAUUCUACCCGCGCUCGAAGUGCCCUGUCUGACUGUCGGUUCCUGAUUUAUUGUAUUAUAGAAUUGUAGGGUUAGAAGGGACACCCGCUCCCACCGGGGUUAUGUAGUCCAGCUUAGACAUUCAGCCUAGUUUCCGGGGCUGGAGACGCAGUGGUGCGGUCAGGGCAGGACUGGUUAAGGCAGACGUCCAGAGCCCCACUCUGCAGAAUGAGGCGGGGGUGGCCCCCAAACGCAGCACGGCUUGGAUUACCGUCUAAAGAGGGGCAGUUGGAUAAGACCAUUAAGCCCGGAAUCUAAAAUUACCUAACUGCACUACGGCUAGGGUGUCGGUGCCAAUUAAACUGGGCUCGAUCUCCCUUCCUCUCUUAGACACACACGCCACACUCGCUUUCACUCUCACUCUCACUCUCACUACCUGCUUAGCCCUGCCGGAGGGAAAAGGAUACAUGGGUGGGGACGGAAGGUGUAGUAAUCGUUUGUGUGUGUAUUUUAAAAAACCCCCACAAACAACAACUAAAAUGCCAUAUUGUGGGCUCGAGGAUUUUCUCUUUAAGAGGAUUCCGGUCGUGGGGGGUGGGGGUGGGGGAGGAGGAGGAUUUAAAUGCUUCCAGAAAGAUCAAUGAAAACUAAUUUAGCAUUUUCCUUUGGGGAUGUCCGGGAGAAGCUUUCGUAAUGAGCACCCCCCUGCGCGCGCCAGCAGCGCUCCCCUUAUUCCUAGGGGAGCCACAGCGAGCUGGCGCACAAUACCUGAAAAUAGAAGUUUUUGCUGAACGCUUGAAGAAGGGGGAAGGAAAGGAGGGGAACGCCCUUUCUCUGUACGCCCAUCUCUACUCAUGUUCCCGGUGAUAUAAAACGGGAUUAAACCCAAUAUCGUUCUCCUGAGGCUGGGGACACGCGCGAGUCUCCAAUAUCAGCCAAUUCCCCCCCUCCCCCCAGUUUUGUUUACGAUUUAGUCCGAUGAAGCGUUCUGGAGAACUGGAAAGCUUACAUACCAUUUUGUAACAUUUUGGCUGGCCUAUUUCUUUUUUCUUUUUAAGCCCUGUUGUGGAUUUAGGAAUCUCAUUUGCGAGCCCCUUAGUUAUCCGGGUUGUUGUUGUUGUUUUAAGCGCGCCACGCGUCAAGGAAUUCCGCCUUGCUCUCGGUAGGCAGGACGCUAGAUCAGCACUUCGGACAGCUCCUGAACUCCUCCUUGGAAGCUUAGACCGCGGCUGCUUCUGACGCCCUUGUGGCGCAAGGAAAAAGAGCUAAAUCAGUGGCAGUCCAGCUCUCCUUACUAGAUAGGCGCUUACUAGAAGCAGCUGGUUAUAUUGGAGGCAGGAAAUCCGCAUCAAAACUGUGAAGAGACAAGGCUCACGCUUCUUUUGAAAUUGCACCCCCUGUCUUGAAAGCCCUUAUGCCCAAAUCUCAGAAUUGUGGGCUUUUUGUGGUGAUUGCUCAGCUGUGAGAGAAAUCACUCUGCAAGUGCUCAGAGGCACCUAUCUAUCUUACAUCACACGUCCUCUUGGCUAACGUCACGCCAAGCACAAAAGCAAUUAUCAAGAGCACCCCUGAGCAUGUACAGGAUGUAAUCAAGUCACAGCAGCCAGUCCCCACACAUCUAAGCUUGGGCGGGGAGGAGUGUGGUAGGGUUAUCCAAUUUUGGAAGCAAGCAUGUUGUGGGAGCCAGGACUCUUGGGUUCCUUCCUCUUCCAGGAGGGGUCUGGUGUCUGAGAACCAGUGGGGGUGCUGUGGUGUUGGACUAGGACCUGAGAGACCAGGGUUUGAUUCCUGGGUGACCUAGGGCUAGUUGUUACCUCUCAGCCUAACCUAUACAGGGUUGUUGCAGGGGUUAAGUGAGGGGGAAACAAUGUAAAUCACUUUUGAGCUUCCUGAAGAAAAAGGCAGACUAUAAAUGCGAUAAAUACAUAAAAUAAAAUAAAUAUUGGCAUAGCACAAGAGGAGCUGGGAAGCAGGACUCCCAGUUUGCGUCACCAGCUUGUGCAAGCUGUGCUGCUCAGUGGUUACAGCAGAAGAUGCAGGAAGUCACUCUGGAGUUACACUCUUCAGAUGUAAUCGGGGAACCCUCUCAUGGAUCACGCUUGGCUGCAGCAUGUUCCACGAGGCUUUUAACUGGGAGAUUAACAUCAAAUCUACAGAGCCACAAUUCCCCAUCGCUUGCAAAGCUCAUUCAUCCUUUGGCUCAAUUGCUUUGGAUUUUCAAUUCACAUCCUUCCUUACCUCCCACAUGAAUGGCUGAAGGUGGAUUAUCCCCAUCGCAGCGACCUCAUGUCCUCACGUCCAUCCCUGUGUGUUUUGGAGGCAGACUGGCUUGCCUGCAUCUCUGAGCCCCACUCUGAACAGGGCUCUGUCUUUCUGAGGGAGUUCCGCCGAUGGUAGCAAGCAGGCAUGUGAGUUCUAGUGCAAAGGAGGCGAAGGAAAUGCUAUACUGGAAGAUACCUAGGUUGGUGUGAGUGUAAGCAAGCUUCUGAGUUCCACAGAACUGUUCGUCACUCUGAACAGGAAAGGCAGCAGAAUCCACAGGGGUAUGCACCAAAAGCUCUUUGAAGGAAGUGUGGUGUACAAGUGUAAAAAGUAAAUUCAGCUGACGUUAAAGAACAUUUCAUUGUGGGUGGACCCCUAGCAUCUAAAAUGAAGAGAGAAAAUGAGUGGAUGUUAUGCGUAAGAAUGGAAGUGUGAUGUGCUGGUAUGUAUGAGUGCUUGUAUGCGGGUGUGUGACUGUGUAUUGGCCUUGCACUGGCGUGCGGCCCCCAAAAGAAAACCCACAAAUGAACGCAGACCUUGGGCUGAAAAAGAGUUAUCUUACUCUGUUCUAAGCCCACCCAACCUGUUUCUCCAGCCUCCUUCUCCCUGUUUUUCUCAAUCCUUAAUCUGCAGCCUGCUGUUAACUGGACCCCAAGCACAUGCAAACUCAUUUGCACACUCCUUCAUUUCAUUAGCACUUUUCAACAUCCUCAACGGCAGGGGUAGGCAACCUAAGGCCUGUGGGCCAGAUGCGGCCCAAUCGCCUUUUCAAUCUGGCCCACGGACGGUCCGGGAAUCAGCGUGUUUUUACAUGAGUAGAAUGUGUCCUGUUAUUUAAAAUGCAUCUCUGGGUUAUUUGUGGGGCACAGGAAUUCGUUCAUUCCCCCCCCCCAAAAAAAAAUAUAGUCCACAUGGUCUGAGGGACGGCGGACCGGCCCACUGCUAAAAAAGGUUGCUGACCCCUGCUCAACAGGGUCAAAACCCCACACUUUGGUGAAAUCCUCAGCUGUGACUGCUUAUAGGCCUGCUGCCAAUAAAAUAUACAAUACAAGCAAAAGAAGGGAAGAAAAUGAAUGACUAAUGAGGCACCAUUAAUGGAACUUUCUAGCCUUAAUUUACCAGUGCCUAGUCUACAUCUUUGCUUUCAAAUUAACUGGCAAAGGAGUAGCGCCGAUUACAUUAUUGAUAGUAUUUUGCAUGCAUAUCUUAGAUUUUUGUGGUGUCUUGCAGACACUCUGAUUUUUUUUAUUUUUAGGUUUGCUGUUGUUUCUGUUUAAUUUAUUUGUUGUUUUGAAAAACAAAGCAAAAGCAAAAAAAGAUAUGCACAUUUAGUCGGACCUUUGCUGUUGGUCUCCCACAACCUUGCAGUAUGGAAUAGAUUACUUUAGUGCAGAGUUGGGGAAACUGCUGUCUUCAGAUAUGGCUAAACUCAAACACCAAUCAUCCCUGACCAUUGCCUAUACUGGCUGGGGCUGAUGGGAGUUGGAGAUCAACAAACUCCAACGCACCAUAGGUUUCCUGCCACUGCUGUAGCGUGUGGAGGGGCUUGAUUUUAUGAAGUUCUAAUAUCUCAUGCAUUUCCUCCCCUCACUACCGGGCAAGACUGCAUUUGGCGGCUCCUGCUUUUGCUUUUGCCCUUCCCAGUCCCUUAGUAAAAUCAGAGCUUCCUAGUAAAAUCUGAGCUGAAAAGGCAGCCUGCAUAAGUAUUUGAAUAGAUCUGCGCUGAUAAAACAACUUUUGGACUGCUCCCAAAUCAUACUUCCAGGCUGGUGGGAGGCUCUUCUCCUGAGCUUCUCUUCUGCUGAUGCUCCAUCUAAAAGUUCAUUUUUGUCCUCUCAGGGUGGGCAGCUUACAGGAUGUGGUUCCAGCCAGCCGGCCAGCCUGAGGGAGAGCUGCUCAGAACCGCGGAGAGUGCACAUUUUAAUACACAGCCCUUCUAAGCAGCCCCCUAAUCCUGCAUCCUAGAAGCCAAAAACUGGACUUAGCUACAGAUGCAAACUAUUUUUCACACACACACACACACACAAGCCCCUCCCAAGUUAAUCCAAGCAGUGACCUGAGGUGACCGAGAGUUAAACAAUUGGGUUGGGGUAGGGGGAUGAGAAAGCUCUCAAGCCAGCCGGGGUGGCGGGUGGGGGAGGCCACAAACUGAAGUCCUGGUCAACUGGGCCUUUAUCCCGUUGUCUCCAAAGGCAAUUCUGGUUCAUAAUGAAAAAGAGAUCAAGGCUCGACGAUGCCUGUAAGUCAUACUCACCCACCCCAGCCCUCGGCUGUAAAGCUUGGAUGUUCAGUAAGGAGGACAAAGCACUCUGCGUAUGUGCAGAGGCACGUCAAUCAUUAUUUUGAUAGGCCACUGCUAGGCUGCUUUUGGGGACUGAAAGCCCUGAGCAACUUGGGUCCAGGUCACCUUGAGGACUGCCUGAGCCCUUAUAUCCCAACUUGAUCAGGGUUUCUCAAACUUGGGUCCCCAGCUGUUGUUGGACUACAAUUCCCAUCGUCCCUAACUAGCAGGACCAGUGGUCAAGGAUGAUGGGAACUGUAGUCCAAAAACUUCUGGUCACCCAAGUUUAGGAAACCCUGUAUUAGAUCAUCUGGAGGAGCACUGUUAGCUGUUCCCUGUCAUACAGAGGCCUGACUGGCUUCAGCAAGAAGUUGGGCAUUUUGUUUUACUGGUCCCAUGCUGUGGAAUGGCGUUCUAGAGGAGGUCCCCCAGGCGCCCUCGCUUUUGACAGACCUAUUUCAUUGUUAAAGUUUUUCAAGGCAAGCCAGGCACUUUCACAACUAUUUUGUAUUGUUAUUCGGAUAUCUUAUGUUUUGCUAUACUUGCACCUAAUUUUAUAUACUGCUUUUUCAUAUGUUAUAUGAGUUGGCAGUAUAUAAAUAUGUUUUUAAUAUAUUUUUUAAAAAUCAUGUCCUAAAGCUGAAUACCAGUAUAGAAAACGGGACGGAGAGCUGUGUCCUGCUCAAAUUAAGCCCUGGUGUGAUAGUAGCAGGACUGAAUUUCUUCCAUGAAAGCCAUUACAGCAUUAAGCAUUUAUGUGCCACUGGUUCGAGACAUUCUCCAGCUCUGAGCUGCUUCAAGGCAUUUUAAUGUCUGAGGCAGAAAAUUAAAGUCUCCCCCCAACACACACACACACCACAAUAUCUACAGGCAAGAUCUUCUGCAAAAGCUUCAUUGAAAUAAACUGUGCAGGACUGCCUACCAUGUCCUUGUUUGGCUCCUGUUCGUUCCAGUGCCGCUUGUGCAAGAAUACUUUCUGGUGAAUUGAUCAACCAUGGGCCAUAUAUGCCUGUUUCCUACUCUGUUGCCCUGAAUUGUGUCCCAGAUCCACCCCUUGAGGAUGCCACCUCAUCCCGAUUCAGAUCACCUAGAGAGAUUUGUUUCAUAGGCAAAAUGCGCAGCAUGGCCAGGAUUGAUCCAGAGGGAAGGGGAUAUUGGAACCUUAUGCAUCAGGGUUGGGCUUCAUAGCUCUUCCACGGUUCUUGGCCCUCUCUGAGGACACAGACUUGGGCGCCAUUUGAGGGGUAACACUUUGACCUUGCUGGAUGGAAAUCUGUAGCCCAAAUGUCCAAUUUGGCACCUUCUCUGCUGAGGGCCAUCUGUCCGCCUUGGGGCUGUGCCAGGGAGCAAGGUGGCAACAUCCUGAUCAACACUCUGCAAAGCAUCUAAUCAAACAGGCAGGGAGAGCCGGUCGGAAGGCAGAAUGUGCCACCGCCUCAGUAUCCUCCACCGGCAACCCCUUGCGCAAGGAUCAGGAAAGCCAUGCAGCGAAGGAAGCAAAAAUAGAUUGUGCCAUGCAGGGGCUGAUAAGCCUUCCUUUCUCAAGAGCACCCCAGGAAAUACAGGCCUGUGGCAGUCUCAGGAAAAUGUUACAGUUCUGGCAGCAGUGCAAAAAAAUCCAAGGGUGUGGGUGACAUCCCUCCACCCUGUUUUUAUCUUUUACUAGGGAUGCUUUUUAUGGUCUCUCUUGCCCAUCCUCAGCUGAUUCAGCCGUGGCCCCCUCCCACAAUUUGUCUCCCUCCACCUCACCCUCUUUAUCCCCCAACUCUCCUGCGGUUCUCUCUUGGACAUGGCUGUGUGUGUGUGUGUUCUGUGCAUCUGCAAUCAUACCAUAUGGUUUGGUUUUGCUUCUUCAAAAAAGCAAGUUUCUAGCCCCUUUUGAUGCCCAAUAAACUAUGCAUCGAAACAAGUGAGCAGUGCCUGGCGAGUUCUUAGAAACGGAGAGGGUUGCAGCUGAGCAAAACUCCCAUUUUCUGUAGGGAAGGUGCAGAAGGUUAUUUGUAUAAUCUCCUGUUCCAGAUGCAAACUAUACGUUAUUUAAAAUAGAUGCACAUUUGCCUAAGCGCGGCAGCUUCCCCUUUGGCAAAUUUUGCCUCACAGCCUUAACAUUUAACCCUCCUGUUCGGGGGGGGGGGAGGGAAAGGAUCUCUGCCAGAACUCCCCCCACCCCACAUGUAAUAACACGAGUUCACUCAUUAUCCCGAUUUCUCUUCAAGGCUUUUGACAGGGAUCAAGUCAGCUUAGGGCAGAUCUCUUCCCACCAUCAGCACCUCAGGGGACAGGUGUGUCUUUGGUCCUAGCGGUUGCUGAGUCUCUGGGAAGCAAAGUGCAUCGUCAGCCUUCAGAUCCAGAGUGAUUUGUGUUAGGAGGAGGGGUGGGGAGGGAGCACGCACAGGGUCUGGUUUUGGAGAUGGCACAGGGAAUCGUCAGGAAGGAGAACUUAAGGGUAGCUCUACCAUGAGGUCUCCACCAUCACCAACAAAUUGUCUAUGUCCUCAGGAGGGAAUCUGCCAGGGGUGCAAGAGAACUUCCCAUGCGAUUGUGUUCCGUGGGUCAAAUUUGCUACCCCUGAACAGUGUUGGAAGUCUUAUUCUCUGCUCCACCUUUGCCUGUUUGUAGCACCACAUCUGCUAGAAAUCAAAGUGACUUUGCAACAUCUCUGCUGAAAUUUGCAACAGCGAUAAAGCCUGUCUCUAUCAGGGCGAAUGGCCUUUGCAAUAAAACCAUAGCCCUUCCUCUGUUGCAGCCUCCAUUUCAAUUUUUUCGCUUGUAAGCUCUUUGCAGCACAGUGCUGUCGUCUUAUACUUUGCAGCGUCCACCCUGCAUACUGAGGACACUACGUCAAGGAAUGGCAGCUUGGUGGCCUUUAGCAAAGACACCCCCCCAUGUGCAUUUUGCCACAUUGUUGGUGCCCAGAUGGGAUUCCCAGGCAGUGGGUGGCGGUGGUGUAUGCGUGGCAAUUGCAGUAUUUCAAUCAGAGCGGGGCAAAUGCCGUUUUAAUUUCCCACAAUGCCUCUGGUCCAACACCCUCCCAAGGCAUUGUGGGAAAUUACAACAGCAGCCAGUGGGCAGUGCUGAGAGUGCCUUUUAAAAAGAGGAUCUAGAGUGGGUUUCAGCAGUGGGCCCUGCAGGGUGCUGGGGUUCCUGGCGGCUGCCCAAGGGUCCUGCAUGCUGGUGCCAAGCCUGGAGCACAACAUCACGAAAAAGCAGAGAUACCGAAGGCCCAAGGUAAACAAAGGAGAUUUAGCCAGCGUUCAGAAGGCCCUCAGAGACAGAAGUGAGCACACACACAAGCAAACCUCCCUAGACAAGGAGUUCCUUCCACUUGGUCGGUGGCAUAACAACAACAGCCCUGAUUCUCACCUUUGCAACAGGAAAACACAAAGCAGGAGAGUUUUUUUGCCUUCUGCCUCUGAUCUUCCUAUGGAAAGAGGCCCACAGUGAAACUGCAGGGUUGGGCAUCACGUCUAGUGAUUUGGCACCUUGUCUAGUGUUGCAAUGGGCUUUGACGGGUGUUCACAGGUUAGCUUGUACCUGUGUACAAGUUGUUUCUACCUUCAUGAGGAAGAAGGCUUGUUUGCAAGUUGUGCUGAACACAGGCACAAACUGCCUGCACACUUGUGCAGGUGUUUGUGGGAAAGUGGGACGCCUGUUUGUAUAGCUCUGCUAUUGGGUACCCAGGCGGUACAUGCAUUGAACAUUGAACACUGUAUGUGACUAACUGUAUGAGCAUAUAGCUCAGCUUAUACAGUGGUACCUAGGGUUAUGAACUUAAUUUGUUCUGGAGGUCUGUUCUUAACCUGAAACCGUUCUUAACCAGAGGCGCGCUUUUGCUAAUGGGGCCUCCUGCUGCUGCCGUGCCACUGGUGCACGACUUCCAUUCUCAUCCUGGGACAAAGUUUGCAACCCGAGGUACUACUUCUGGGUUAGCGGAGUUUGUAACCCGAAGUGUUUGUAACCCGAGGUAUCACUGUAAAUGUACACCUAAAGUCCAAAGGCAGUGCUUAUUUUAUUUUUAGAAAGAGAAGUCAUGUAUGGGAGCCCUGACAUGUGCCCUGGAGAGAUGUUCAGCUCUUUAAUGCUAACGUUGUGGGAAGCGGGUUGCAGUGGCUCAAAGGCGCUUUUCUCAAUUAUGUAAUAUUACUUCAUAUUGAUGUGAGGACAGGCAAUCAUUCUUAAAAAGGUUGACAGUGGUUUGAGAGAGGCUUCACUCUGUAUGUGUGUACCAGGAAUGGGGAAAAUAUGGCCCUCCAUAUAUUGUCAGGCUGUAAUUCCCAUCAGCCCUAACCAACAUGGCCAACAGCCAGAGAUGAUAGGAGUUGUAGUCCAAAACAACACCUGGAGGACCACAAGUUCUCCACCCCUAUGUUCUCUCUCUCUCUCUCUCUCUCUCUCUCUCUCUCCCUCUCUCUCCCUCCCUCUCUCUCUCUCUCUCUCUUUUCUUUGAUGGAACUGUCUCUUCUGGUCAGUCAGACAGGUUUUUCAGGCUUUGAAAAAGUACCAAAACCUGACAAACCUAGAGCAGGGUUUCCCAAACCUGGGUCUCAAGCUGUUUUUGGACUACAGUCCCCAUCAUCCCUGACCACUGGUCCUGCUAGCUAGGGAUGAUGGGAGUUGUAGUCCAAGAACAGCUGGAAACCCAAGUUUGGGAAGCCCACCUAAAGGCAAAAGUGGGAGAAGCAUAGAUUCCAUAAACAGCAAUCUCAAAGUUACCUUCGACCACCAGGGAAUAAAAAGCCUAUUGUCUGCCUCCAGCUUCUGCUACUUCAAAGAAGAGGCUUGGCCAAUGAUGGGGUGCUCAAGGGGCUUACUCAAAGGAAGAGAGCUUGGCUGCCGAAUCAACCACAUCUGCAUGAAAUCUUCGUCCUGGUUAUACCACUGAAGGAGGCAUUCCCUAAAUUGGGCUUGCCCGUUCAGGCCAGCCUUCACCCAGCUGGUGUCUUCCAGUUGGACUAAAUCUCCCAUUGACUCCAGCCAACAUGAUUGCCUGGUUGAGGGGAGCUGUAGCCCACCAGUUGGAGGCCACCAGCUUGGCAAAGUCUGGAGGAGAGGGCUGUCAAGGGUUACUAGCCAUGAUGGCUAUGUUCUGCUUCCACAGCCAAAAGGCAGCAGUGCUUCUGAAAACCAGUUGCUGGGAACCAACGGAGAGGACAGUCCUCUUGUGUUCGAAUCCUGCUUGCAGGCUUCCCACGGGCAUCUGGUUGACCGCUGUAAGAAAAGGAUGCUGGGAUAGAUGAGCCAUUGGCCUGACCCAGCAGGCUCUUCUUGAGUCCUGAAGGCCGAUUUAGGCUGUGAAAUCAGCACUCGAAUUCCUUCUCCCCUGCCCACCCGCCAAUGCUGGCAUGACAACUCAGGGUCUCUCUUCUCCACCCACUCGCAGAUAGCAACUUCCUCCUGGCCAACGCUCAGGUGCACCGCGGCUUCCCCAUCGUCUACUGCUCUGACGGAUUCUGCGACCUUACUGGCUUCGCCCGGACAGAAGUCAUGCAGAAGAACUGCAGCUGCCGCUUCCUCUAUGGCAGCGAGACCUGCGAAGCCGUCCUGCAGCGCAUCGAGAAAGUGCUGGAGGGGAAGCAGGAGUACCAGGCCGAAGUCUGCUUUUACAAGAAGAGUGGUGAGUUUGGGGGAGCCCCCUGGGAGGACUCCCUUCCCCUCUCAGCAUUGCAGGCUGUUUGUAUGCUGCUGGGCCUAAUUCAAGGUGCUAACGUUAACAUAUUAGCAGCUUGGGAGCUAGUCAUUUGCUGGAACACCUCUAUCCAUGUGAGCCAGCUUGGAACUGGAGAUUGGCCAGCAACUGGGGUGUGGGAAGCUUGCUUGCAGUCUUGUGGGUGAAUGGAAAAGACUCCACAGGGACAUGGAGCAGGACCCCAGUUAGGGACCUCCCUGCUUUUCACCCUCCUGGAGUGUUUAUGCCUGGGUGCAAUGCAUGCCCUGGGGCUCUGACUGUACCUCUUCCAUGCCUGGUUAGAGGAUAGAGAGGGUUGUGUGAGUGUGAAGAAACUAGAAGCCUGCUUAGUGAGCAGGAAGUUUAGUGAGCAGUGGUUUAGUGAGCAGGAAGAGUCUGUGGCAGUGAGCAGUCCAGAAUCAGAGGCAUAAUCAGAGGCUGGAGAGGAGCAGGGUCAAGAGGCAGCGAUGAGUCAGGCUGGUGAAGAAACCAGGGGGGGUCUCCUCUUCCUGCUGCAACCAGCUCCUCUCCCUCCUGGUCUCCCAAGACCAGAAGAGGUAUGAAGAGGGAGGAGCAGAGACAGGCUUGUUGGCCUAGUCUCAGAUUGCUUGGAAAGAACCCAGGGGAGGAGGACUCUUAGGGAACUGUGGGUAUGGGGAGAGACUUCAGUCCCCACAACUGUUAUAUUGGGGCAAGGUCUACUUGGAAGAGGCUGUGCUCUCUAGGCCUGGCCUCCUGAGCUGCUUGUUUCUUUGAAUACAGUGGUACCUUGGUUCUCAAAUGCCUUGGUACUCAAACGCCUUUGUUCUCAAACACUGAAAACCCGAAAAUAAGUGUUCCGAUUUCUGAAUGUUUUUUGGAAGCUGCGGCUGUCAGCUAUUGUUUCCGGGGUGCCUGCACCAAUCAGAAGCUAUGCCUUGGUUUUCAAACAUUUCGGAAAUCAAACAAACUUCUGGAAUGGAUGAAGUUUGGCGCUUUUGUUUUUGCUAUUUAUUUUGCAUUUUUGUUUUUGAGGCUUUUUCAGUUAAUUUGUUUUUGUGACUGUGUGGAACCCAGUUUAGCUACUGAUAGUGUGACUGCAGAAAUGGAUCAAAGCCCCCCAUCCAAACAAUAACUAUCAUCAGUGCAAAUAAGAAAAACAAUUAAUUUUAAUUUUUGUCAUCUACAAUACUGUCUUAAUUAUUUUAUAGUACAGUACAUUGAUUAUUGCUUUCAUUUUAUGUCUCAAUGGUCUCGUUAGAUAGUAGAAUUCAUGUUAAAUUGCUGUUUUAGGGGUUGUUUUUAAAAGUCUGGAAUGGAUUAAUCCGUUUUGCAUUACUUUCUAUGGGAAAGUGUGCCUUGGUUUUGGAACACUUUGGUUUUGGAACGGACUUCCGGAAUGGAUUAAGUUUGAGAACCAAGGUACCAAUGUAAAGAGCUAAGUGCACUGACGCUGUGUGAGGCAUUGCCGACCUGUUCCUGACAACUGCUCCUGAUACCAGCUUUCUGGCCCUGCCCAUCACUGGCACGUGGAACGUUGCCCAAAAGGAAACAUGGCCCCUGGUGUGAAAAAUGCCCCCAGCCCUAGAGGCACUGGCUGCUUGGACACUGUCGGGAUUUUGCUUUGUGGUUAGGACACUUCACAUCCUGAACCAUUGGUGACUCUGCUGAGGUUGCAUCAGUGCUGGCCCCUUUUUUGAUAAUGCUUGGUUGACGGCAAUUGUUCUUUUUUAAUGCUGUGGCCAUAAUGUAUUGGGCCAGCCCUGGUUAGGCUUAAAAGAGUGUGAAAUCUUAAAAAAAUCCAGAGUUGGGCUAAGCACAAUUUAAGCUCAGGGGCUGAGGGUUGCUGGACAUCACUGGUGGGGAAGAGUGCUGCUGCAUUCAGAUCCUGCUCCCCAGCUUCCCAUAGGCAACUGAUUGGUCCCUGUGAGAACUGCUGGACUAGCUGGGUUUUGCUGAGGUUGUUAAUUUAUUCUUAGAAUAGGCUGGUGUGCUGGGCCUGGAGGUAACCUGUGAAACACAGUCCAGGACCAGACCAGAAUCCGAAGGUUCCCCUAAGAGUCAGUCCGACAGGGCCAAGGCAGGACACGAGGCAGGAACCAGACAAGGACAGGUGCAGGAUCUAGCACACAGCAAUGUUGCUCCCGCAACCUGGGGCAGGGUCCGACAGCCUUUUAUCUUUGUCGGGGUAGCGGCCGGUCCUGAUCCCCUGGCGACUCACCUCCCUGCUUCGCCUGAAGGCGAGCACUCCUCCUGCGAGUACUCAGGUCUCUCCUUCUCUCAGACCUUAGUCUCUGCAGCUCGGGAGACGUCGGUGGGUUACUAGACCCAGAGGCCGCCUCAGCCUCCCCUGACCCAGCCGGUAGUGGAGCAGCUGUAAGUGAUGGCCCAGCUGAAGGCAACGAGGUAAUCCCCGCAUCUGGAGCCAGGGCAGGCUCGGGCCCCUGACUCGGCCCAGCUGGUGUUUGUUGCAGGGGAACCUAUGCAGACUGUUCAGGAUCAUACCCCAGAUUUGGUUCAGAUGAUGCCUGAGCCAAAGGAUCCAGUGCAGACUGAGAGUCCUCUGGUUCCGAGUCCGAGCCUGAGUCCCAGGCCAUCACAGCUGGUUUGCGUCAUUUAUACACAUUGUAGAAUUUGGGUUUCUUUGGUACAGAUUGAUGAAGUGCUGUUGGUGCACAGCGGACAAUGCUGGGGUCCUGGGUUCUCUGGAGAGCCCAAGGGAAAUAAUGUGUCCAGAGAGACACUUGCUUCCCCAGUGAGGGGUGGGCGUCUCAUAUCUCCAGGGUUCCAUUGGCCCUUUUCCCCUGGACAUGGUUUAAGAUGCUGGGCUGUUGUUGUUUUUCAGCAACAAACCCCUUAACACAGCUGCUGCCCAUCCUGUUUCAGCGACCGAAGAGAAAUGGGAAGGUUCUGCCCUGCUGCCAAAGCCUUGUUUACCGGGGUUGUAUGGCUGCUGCGGCAGUGGCUUCUGGUUUCCAGCGAGAUCUUGUGGAACUCUCGUGAGAUCUUGCUGGAAGCCACUUCCACGUCUUCAAUGUCAGUGCCAGCAGGGGGUUGAAGGGGCACGUGUGGCAGCUCCAGGGAAGUGGCUCCUGGGUAGAUGUGGCAAGAGCCUCACAAGAUCUUAUGAGAGCUCUGCGAGAUCUUUCCAGGACCCAGGACCCACCGCCAUAGCUUCUUCUCUGGUGGCACUGGCAGCAGGCGAUCUGUUGGGGGUCAGAUCUUCCACCGUCGUGGAUCUUGCCACCGAAGCAGACUGCUUCAUAUCGCCUGGUUAAAACAGCUUGAGCUUGGCAAACUUCUGAAACUACCUCCACAUUUAGCUCUUCCAAAUCUUUCAGGUGCGAAGAGUGUUGUGCUUGUUCUAGAUGCUACAUUUGGAGUGCGUGGGGAUACGGAGAGACGGAGAGUUUUUUUUUUCAUGGCAGCCUUUUUCUCUGUCUAAACCUGGGUUCUGUGAGGUUGUCAGCUGCCUGCCACCAGAUAAUAAAUAACAGCUUUCUCAGCUGCUGAAGGCUAGAGGCUAGGCCAUCACGUAACCUAUCGCUUGCAGUUUUAUGGCUAGACGUCAAAUACCAAUGGACAAAUGGCAGUGUACAAGAACCAUACUUCCAUCUAGAAAAGAUGUGAGUCACACUCACAAGGAAAUAUUAAUAUUAUUAUUACGUUUUACCUAUAUUUAUUUAAGCAAAUAAGGCUUAGCUGCCGCUGCAUUUUAAAAAACAACCAUGAUCCUCCUAAAAUAGCCCAAACAGAAGAAAAGAGAGGUCAUUCUCAAGCAGCUGUCAAAGGAUGUAUUUAUAAAAAUUAAUCAUCCAGCACAUUUCAACAAAUGUCCUCAUCAGAGGAAUAUCAAAAAGUAAAACUAGUGUAAGAACCAUAUCACCAGGCUAGAAAAGAUCUGAAUAGUGCUGAUGAAAUGGGUAUUAUUAGUAGUUUCUUGUUUUAUCCCUCUUGCGCUCUGAUGGUUUCUCGUACAAAUGCUAUUCUAAUCUGCUAGAAUAGCGUUGCUGUUUUUACGCUGAUCGUACAGCUUUUUGGCUAUUGAUAUUUACUGCCGCUUCUUGGAAGCAUUUGUUCAGAUGUGUUGUGGCAUUCACUGAUUCUCUUUCAACAUCAGCUUGAGACUUGAGUGUUAACUUUUUAAAGCUGCUAUUGCACCAUAUAGUCCAUGGGUAGGCAAACUAAGGCCUGGGGUCUGAAUCCGUCCCAAUCGCCUUCUAAAUCUGGACUUCAGAAAGUCCGGGAAUCAGCGUGUUUUUACAUGAGUAGAAAGUGUGCUUUUAUUUAAAAUGCAUCUCUGGGUUAUUUGUGGGGCCUGCCUGGUGUUUUUACAUGAGUAGAAAGUGUGCUUUUAUUUAAAAUGCAUCUCUGGGUUAUUUGUGGGGCAUAGGAAUGUGUUCAUUAUUUUUUUUCAAAAUAUAGUCUGGCCCCCCGCAAGGUCUGAGGGACAGUGGACCGACCCCCUGCUGAAAAAGUUUGUUGACCCCUGAUAGUCCCUCUCAAGCCCAGACACCAGAUGUGCGAUUGCUACACCUUCCUCCUCAACCUCGUUUGGGUCAGAUCAUAGCAGCUGUGAUCAAGCCAAUACGAGGGCAUUUCUAUAGGGUUGGUGUUCUUUUUUGUUUUAGAAAGCACCUUUGAGCAUGUGCAAAGUAUCUUCCUGUGCCCACUGCCAAGAAGGAAACAAUUUAUUCCCUCUUCCCCCCAAAAAACUUGCACAGAGUGCCUUUGAGUAUGUGCAGGCUGCUUUUUCCUUGUAAGAAGAAGCAUCCAAAACGUAGAGCCAUUCUAAGCUGAUCACGGGCAGUUUAAGCAUGAAGGCACGUUUGAAGGAAACCACCCAGACGAAAUUAAUAGAAUCACAGAAUUGUAGAGUUGGAAGGGUCCCUGCAAUGCGGGAAUCUGCAGCUGUCCCAUACAGGGAUCAAACCUGCAACCUUGGCGUUAUCAGCACCACACUCUAACCAACUGAGCUAUCCAGGCGAAAUUCCCUGGGGUUGGUUCUGGUUGAAGCUGCCGAAGCUUCAGAUACUCCUGAGGAAGCAAGGGAGGUAUUUGUGGGGAUUGCAGAGAUGAGCGUGGCAGGGACUGCUGUCGUUCCUCCUCGGUGCAGAUGGUGAUGCUGCUCUGUCCCUUUUCUCCCUGGUGCAGGAACAGCCUUCUGGUGCCUGCUGGACAUCGUACCUAUCAAGAACGAGAAAGGCGAGGUGGUCCUUUUUCUCUUCUCCUUCAAGGACAUCACCGAGAGCCAUGGAAAGAGCCAGUCAAGUGAAAAGAAGGAGGGUGAGGCCUCGGUGGGGGAGGCAGGCUGGGCUCCAGAAACAGGGUCACGAAUCAUAGAAUCAUAGAGUUGGAAGAGACCACAAGGGCCAUCGAGUCCAACCCCCUGCCAAGCAGGAAACACAACGAGAUCCAGGAUAGAGCAGAUGGGUGGGGCGGCAGUGCUCCUUGGCAGAAAAACACACUGAGUGAGGGGUACGCCUUAAGUGAGCAGCCGUUGGCUCCAAACUGGUUUGGGCAUCUCCUUCCCCACUCUGCAAGGCUUUGUCUGGGAUGUGUGCAUGCAUAUAUCCCUCUCAAAGGGAAAGGCAUAGUCUAUGCCUGCACCAAGGGACGUGGGUGGCGCUGUGGGUUAAACCAAUGAGCCUAGGACUUGCCAAUCAGAAGGUCAGAGGUUCGAAUCCCCGCAACGGGGUGAGCUCCCGUUGCUCGGUCCCUGCUCCUGCCAACCUAGCAGUUCAAAAGCAUAUCAAAGUGCAAGUAGAUAAAUAGGUACCACUCUGGUGGGAAGGUAAACAGCAUUUCCGUGCACUGCUCUGGUUCGCCAGAAGCGGCUUAGUCAUGCUGGCCACAUCACCCGGAAGCUGUACGCCAACUCCCUCGGCCAAUAAAGUGAGAUGAGUGCCGUAACCCCAUAGUCGGUCACAACUGGACCUAAUGGUCAGGGGUCCCUUUACCUUUAUGCCUGCACAGGAGAUGCUCACCCCCUUUCAGCAAGAACCUGCAGCCUUCCCAGUAUUGUUGGAACUCCAGCUGCCAGCAGUCUAGCUGCAUGGUCCUUGGUGACGGGUGAUGGGAGCUGCAGUCUCUGUCCUCGUUCCAGGUUCUGCCUCCACUUUGAGAGGCAACUGUCCCUGGGAAUUGCAAGUGGGGAAAGAGUUGCUGUUGCAGUCAGAGUCCCCUAGGCAUCCGAUGGCUGGCCAUUGCUCAAACUGCUGCCGGAAAGAAUUCCCAUGAAUAGGAAGUAGGAAGACCCUUUUGGAAGGCUGCUUGAGGUUCCUGUGAGGUUUUCUUUCAUCACUGUUGGACUGAGAGCAAGCUGUAGAAGCGUUUGUUUGGAUUAGCUGAGGAAGACUCCAUGGGGUUAGAAGAGCAGCUGUUCUUAGAUUAAGGUCAUCACUAUCCUUACAUCCAGAGAUGUUCCAUCACUACGGAACAGGGCGGGUAAUUCUUUGACCAAAAUAGCUUCGGGAAAUAUUUUUUUAAAAAAAUAUCAUUCUAUUCAGACCAUUUCGGUACUGCUUAAUAUGAAAACGUAUUUCCAAGCAAUGUGCAGAAACAACAACAAAUUUAGAAAAAGGGCAUGAUAAAACCAUCCAUACUGAUAUCAGUUCCUUCUACUUGUAAACACACCUCCCUACAUAAAAGCUUUCGACCUCCACUCAUUCAUCCUGGCUCUCAGCCAGGGCCCAAACAAACUCACAGAUCACAUGCACCCCCCAAAAAAUAAAAAUAUCUUACAGUGAAGAGGGUGUUCCUCGAAUGUUCUCUAUCACUCUAGGCUUGCUUUUAUGGGCUUGCUUUUAAGGCUGAUGGAGAUUCUUAAGGUUGCCCAUAGCUGCAUCCUAUUCAGGUGCAUCCACACACCUGGUUCCAGGCUACAGAAGGUUUAGUUUGGUGAGUUUCCUGGGGGGGGGGGCAAAGGAUGACAAACAGGACACCCCUCCAUUCGCAGGCCUUUGUCUGGCCUCUCCACACCUCUCCUCUUCCACCAGCUUUACUGUGUCAUCAUGACAGGGCUCUGUGUCCCAACAGAAUGAGCUGGAGGUGAUAUCACAUGCUGGCUCACUGCUUGUUGCAUCUAGCAUGUUGCAAGGUAUUCAGAGUGACGUAAUUAGACUUUCUGUCAUUAACAACCGAUUGGAUGGAAUCAGCCCACAAGGUUCCAUCUAGCUCUUUUCCUAUGGUUAGAGACCUGCAGCCAACCUAGCACUUCGCUUUCGAAACUGCCUUGCUUAUGAGUACCCUAUAGCUGACAGGUUAGUCAACACUCCACAGAAUCACAUCCAGAGUUUGCCCCAAAGAGGCAACUAACUGCCACUUUUGUUUUUCCCCCAACCACACAUAUGAUUCUGAGGUCAGCAUUUCAGCUUGGAGCCUGAGAAGCAGAAACAGAAACAGGAAGGAAAGCCAAGGGGGAUGGAUACAGCACGGCAAUGUCAGAAUCCACAUAAAACAAGGUGUUCCCUCUCUAAGAUGGGAAUUUUGAGCCUGACCUGUCCCACUCUUUUUCUUCUUCCAGAAAAGCACCGCUGUAAGAAGGCAGGGAGCUCCCAUCUGCGGGCAGCCAGGAAGCAAGGCCGCACAGCACUGCACCACCUCGCCAGCCAAUUCAGCAAGAAGGAACGGACAGAGAUGAAGAUCAACAGCGUAAAGAUGAUUUGCUUGUUUUGCCUUUUAAGGAGGGGGUGGUGGUGACUGGUUAAUCCUUGCAGCCCUAACUAUGUAACUGUCUGCAUACUGGCAGGCGUACACCUCUGUCCUUGCUCCCCACAAACACCUUAUUCUGAGAGGCCAUUGUUCCGUUCUGAACGAGGGACCUCUUAAGGAUGGGUGUGCACGGAAAAGACUGAGGCCACAACGCCAUAUAUUUAAAGCACUAUGUUGCCGCGGCUUCCCCCAGAGAAUUAUGGGAGCUGUAGUUUGCUAAGGGUGCUGAGAGUUCUUAGGAGACCCCCCCUCCAUUCUCCUCACAGGGCAACCAUUCCUAGAGUUCCCUGGGAAGACGGACUGCUAAACUACUGUGGAAAUUGUAACUCUGGGAAGGGAAUAGCUUCCCACCCUCUUCAUGUUCUCCUCACAACAACCCUAUGAGGUAGAUUAGGCCGAGAGGCCUGGCCCAAGGUCAUCCAGUCAGCUUCACGGCUGAGUGGGAAUUUGAACUUUGGUCUCCCAGGCCCUAGCCUGACACUCUAACCUCUACACCAUGGUGUACUCUAUAGUGCAAGGCUGCCCCUCCAGGUGGCAAUGGUGCAGUUGCGUUGAGGAAGCGUUGCACAAUAGCCACUGUUAUUAUUGUGUUGAUUGCAAUAGUGCACUCUCAUGAAAAACACGGUUCUGGAGGGGCCCAUAGAGGCUUAAAAAAAAUUUUCUGUGGAUUAACUGAUGGUGUUGUGGGGUCAUUCCCGUGCUCUCUCUUAGCAGAGCGAAAACCCCCAGAGAUGUGCAGCCCACAGAUAUGAUUUUGGGCAGCCGCCAGUGGCUUGCAGUGUUAAUAGCAUUAAGCCCAUCACUUUGAAGGCCAUUAAUGCCUUUGCUGAGGGUCACCCUGCGAGGCAGCUCUGCGAUUUCUCCCAGCAGUGAGUGCAACCCAACAGGCGCGUGUCCUCAAGACUCAGAGCAGUCAAGAGCAGCCCAGGCAGAGCAAAACGAGGCAAGGACUGCCCACCGCCUGAUUUGGGGUCUUGUGGAGUUUUGUUAGAGAUUCCAACUAAAUAUCAGGAAGAACUUUCUGGCAGUAAGAGCUGUUCCACAGCGGAACAGAUUCCCACGAUUGGGGGUGGCCUCUCCUUCCAUGGAGUUUUUUAAGCAGAGGUUGGAUGGCCACCAGCCAUGGAUACUUUAGCUGAGAUCCCUGCAUUGCAGGGGGUUGGCCUAGAUUAUGUUUACCAGAUUUUUUUCAAUGAAUCCGGGGACACUUUUUUUUUUUUUUUUUUUUGAAGCUGAGUAGCAACAGGGAGUCAGUAGUGGGGAUGGUGAGGCAAAAGACCCUGGGCCCAAGCACACAUACAUAUUGUAUAAAGGUGCAAAGCCCUUCUUUCACACCCUGUGAAACAUAAAUGUGCAGAGUUUUUUAAAAACUGGGCAACGGCCGCCUGUCUGUGACUUCCGAGCCUCCCCGAUCAGUCAAAACAAAGGGGGAAGGGGGCAGGAGAUCGGGGAAGGCUUGGGAGUCACAGGUGGGCGGUGCGCCUUUGCCCAGUUUUUAAAAAAACUGUGCAUUUAUGUUUCACAUUUUUGCCUGUAUCACCAGCCACUGCUGCCAUCCAAGCUAUUUCUGUACCAUAGCGGUUGGGUAAUCUGUGGCCUUCCAAAUAUUGUUGGACUCCCAACUCCCCCCCCCCCCCAGUCAGCAUGGCCAAUGACCGGGGAUGAUGUGAGCUGUAGUCGCCUAACAACCCCUGGAAGGCCACAGUCCCCCCCCCCCAAACCAAAGAGAAAGAGCUCUAGGCAUGCUCAGAGAUGCUCUGUUCUGCAGUGUAAAACCACAAGGUCUAGGACAAAGUCUUGUUAAGGUGAAGGGUAACAGGUGGAACGCAAUCUUGAAACUCAACAUAUAUUCUUUGUUUCAUAGCAGGGAGAGAGUGAGUGUAAACCCACAUCUUGUAGGGUCACUUACUUGGUGGACUGAGGACUAAGGUUGGGGUCUGAUGUCUUUAUUGCCAGGUUGCAAAAGGCAAAGAGAGAAUUGGCUUGUUUUAUUACUGCUGCUCUUGGUGCUGCCUUAUCCAUUGUUACACUGGGGUGCAGUAAGGCAGUAGUUGCUGUGCAUUCUAUGUAAGGUUUUGCACACACCUUGCAUUUAAAGCACAUUCUUACCACCAGUUCAUCCCCCCAACAGAACUACAGUUCCCAGUAUGGGGGGGGGCAUAUUUUAAAUGUAUGGCAUCUGCUCAGUCUUAGUCUAUUUCAAUAUACUUUCUUUCGUUGCAUAAGCAGCUCAGGCAUUGGUCUUCUGCUUUGGGGAGAGUGGCCUGUUUGAUUUGUGGCUUGUUCUGAUUUUGAAACCAGUCGUCGGGUUUUUAAGCUUGUUCCUAGAUUGUUUAUGUGAGAGCUGUUUGCUUGAUUUUGCUGUAGGACUUGGUGAAGUUUGUUACCUGUUCAUAUUGGGGGUGGUGUAGGGUGGGGGGGUUGGCAGUAGCUGCAAAAGCCAACCCUAUUGCGAGCCCACCCCUUACCAGCCAAGACCUCUGUUCUUUUCCUCUGAUGCUCUAUAUGCCUUGACAGCUGUUCCCCAUGCCCCCUCCUGCCAAUGACCCAACGCCAGUGCAGAUUAAAGGGCUUUGGUCUGUUUGAGGGAAGGAGGGUGGUAGUGGUUGGGGGCUGGCGGUCUGCAGGGGAGACAGUGUUGAACAGCAGCCACAGCAGCUGCUCUUGCAAACCAUACAAUCCAGAUACAGGCUGGGUCAAAACAAACCCCUUCUCUGCCAGGAGCAAAUCCGGAGACGUUACUUAACACAAAGCUGAUAAUGGUUGCCAAGCCUUGCAGGAGUCUGGCUUCCUAUUCCUCAUCCACACUUGGGAUGGAGAGUGUGUGUGUGUGUAUGUGUGUGUCUGUGUCCUAAGGAGCUUGGGGGGGGGGGAUAUGCCUACAAACAAAGUGAUCCCAAAGGGAUCGCAGAGGAUUAUCCCAAUGGGUAAAGACAGUGCAAAGUACUAUAUAGGAGGAAGGCACAAAGCCCCCUGCCUUCUGAUUUCCAGAACUGGCUACUAUUUGGAAAGCAAAGCAGUAAGAGAAGACAGAAUUUUGUACAAUACAGUCGUACCUUGGAAGUCUAAUGGAAUCUGUUCUGGAAGUCCGUUCGACUUCCAAAACGUUUGGAAACCUAAGCGCGGCUUCUGAUUGGCUGUAGGAAGCUCCUGCAGCCAAUCGGAAGCCGCGGAAGCACUGUCGGACAUUCGGCUUCCAAAGAACAUUUGCAAACCAGAACACUCAUUUCCGGGUUUGUGCCGUUCAGGAGCCAAAACGUCUGAGUACCAAGUCGGGAUCCAAGGUACGACUGUAGCUUGCGAUCUGCACUGCUGGCAUUUGUUUGGAGUUCCUCAAGGCUUCUCUGUGUGUCUCUGACACAGGCAUAGGUUACUGGUGGGUCCUGACCCACAAGUCCCAACUGCGGGUGGGGACCCAUCAGCAUUUUCUUCUUUUGUCUCAAGGUUGUAGGAUUGUUGUUGUUGUUUAAGGGGAGGAAGAGUUGGGAGGGAACACACAGAGGAGGAGGAGAAAGACGUAUAUGGUUGUGAAUUUGAUGCUGGUGUUAAUAUGGGUCCCCUAUUCCAAGUUGGGAUUAAAGGUAGGCCCCGAGUUUCCAAACCACAUACAGUGGUACCUCGAGUUGCAUACGCUUCAGGUUACAUACGCUUCAGCUUACAGACUCCGCUAACCCAGAAAUAGUGCUUCAGGUUAAGAACUCUGCUUCAGGAUGAGAACAGAAAUCGUGCUUUGGCGGCGCGGUGGCAGCAGGAGGCCCCAUUAGCUAAAGUGGUGCUUCAGGUUAAGAACAGUUUCAGGUUAAGAACGGACCUCCAGAAUGAAUUAAGUACUUAACCUGAGGUUACCACUGUACAUAGAGUCUGCCUCACCUCCCACAGCUAUGUAGCUGAUCGGAAUUUCCAGGAUAGCAAAACGAAGCCUCCAUGUGCAGAGGCAGUGAGUGUGUCAGCCAUUGUCCAACCCGCAGGGCUCACGGCCUCGAUGAGUUGCACUGAUUCUGGAGCCCGUGCCCACUACCAGCAACCAGUCCCCAAAGGGAUGCCUGCAAGGGGAAUGCGACCCUUGGGUGACGAAGGUCUUGUCACUAGCCGCGUGGCACCAAGUUCUAAGGUCUGGGGUGCUCAAAAGAGGUUUCUUGUUUCCUGCGCCCUCCAGAAUGUCUUUGAGAACAAGCCCUCCGUGCCAGAGUACAAAGUAGCCUCGGUGCAGAAAUCGCGCUUCAUCCUCCUCCACUACAGCAUCUUCAAGGCCCUGUGGGACUGGCUCAUCCUCCUGGCCACUUUCUAUGUGGCCGUGACCGUUCCGUACAACGUCUGCUUCACUGACACGGAGGAUAGCUUGGCGGCCGCCCGAAGCACCAUCGUCAGCGACAUCGUUGUCGAGAUGCUCUUCAUCGUUGGUGAGGACUGCAAAGCUGUGCUUUACCCGGGUGCCAUUGGGUUGGGGCCGCUGCCGGUGGGCAAUAGGGGUGAUUUAGCUCGGGUGAAACCUGCACAGGGGUGUGAAGUGGGUGUCAAAAAACGCUGCAUUGGAGGUGCCCUUCAUUGCAGUCUCUGUUAGCCACACUGCCUUUCUAAGGCAGUGCAUAAACACCAUACAUUUAACACCCCCCGUAGAAUCCUGGGAACUGUAGUUUGCUACAGGUGCUGGGCAUUGUAGCUCUGUGAGAGGUGAACUACAGUUCCCAGGAUUCUCUGGGGGGGGGUUUCAAAUGUAAUAUGUGUGCGUAGUCUACGGCUAUACAACAAACGCAAACUUUUCAGCAUUGGCGGUAUUGAUGCUUCAGUGCCAAGCCAGGUUUUUUUGACUCCUUCUGUACCUGCUUUAACCUCCAGCCUGAUUAAGAGUUCUGUUGAACGCAAAAGCUUGCUUGCUGUUUUCUGACAUUUUGGUUGGUCUAAGAAAGGGACUCUGGGAAUUUUCUAGAUGACAGUUUUUGGUUUAUUAUGAUUAUGAUUAUUAUCCAUAGGUUAUAUAUAUUUCUGUCUGAGCCAUACGUGGUUCUUCCCCUCUCCAUUUUACCUACACGGCAACACUGUGAGGUAGGUUAGGCCUAGAGACAGUGUCUAGCCCAAGGUCACUUAGUGAACCUCAUGGCUGAGUCAGGAUUUGAACUCUGGUCUCCCAGGUUUUAUCCCAGUACACUAACCACUGCACCACACUUCCACUUGUUCUGUGCCUAGAAAACAUGGGUCUGAGCAGUUUUCCACUUGACCUGCACUUUCUAGGCAUGUGUCCAAGUGGUUUUCCCCUUGCCUCACUCCCCCCCCCCCGGGGAAAACUCAUUAUUUAAGUGCUAAAUUCCAAAUUGCUCUAAUUGAGCUUCAAAAAGCGGUUUUCCCUUGGGGAAAGCAUCAGAACAAGUGUGGAUAAGUCCCGGGCCUCAACUCUUUGCCAUGCAUGCUAGCACAACGUACCUCUUCCUCCAUUUAGCUGAUUUUGGAGGGUUUCACUCUGAGAAAAGCUUAUUAAUUUGGCAUGCAGAGAAUGCCCAGAUUAUGACAUCAUUGACGCUGCUGUGAAAUAAAGUGCUGGUGCUUUGUCCCUGCUCCCCUAAACUACCACUGGUGUCAAAGUUCAUGUAACAAAUAUGAUGCAAAAUAAAGAAAAUGCUUAAUUUUCAACGACCCUCAAUUGUUAUUAAAUUAUGGCACGUUUCCUCUUCCAUUUACAACAAUUACAGGGCAAUUACAGUCAUGUCUGUUCAGAAGUGAUUCCCAACUGAAUUAAAUGGGGCUCACUCCAUUUAUAGCCAGGAUUGGGAACACGUGGCCUUCCAGAUAUUGCUAGACUACAAUUCCUAUUAUUACUCCUAUAACUAUUACUAGUUGUAGUAGUAGUAGUAGUAGUAGUAUUACUAUUAUUUCUAUACCACCCUUCAUCCGAAGAUCACAAGGCAAUUUACAAUACAAACACAAAAACACAUACCAGCAGCAGCAGCUGAAUCAGCUGAACAAAUCCUCUUGUCUACUAAUAUCCUUUUUGCAACUUCCAAGUUGUCAAAGAACAGCCCUGACCAUUGGUUAUUGUGGAUGGGGAUUCUGAGAACAUCCAAAAGGAGUUCCCUUCCCUGGGGUGUGGGGUUGCAGUAGACUUGCCUUCAAGGUGUUAGAUGAGAUGCCACAUAACUACAUGGGUUUAAUGAGGGGAUAGGUAAGGAACAGCAGCCUCCUUACAGCAUUUUAUUGACUCCAUAUCGGCAGCAUAACACAGUAGAAUACAUUCAGCUGUACUGGAUACUGAUGGGCAGGCAAGGAGAAAAUUGGGACCGUGCGACUCUUAGAUUUCUACUAAUCACACCUGGUACAUGCCUGGCUUCCCCCAGUGAAUUCUGGGAAUCAUAGUUUGUGGCGCUACUGCGAAUACUGUGUUAGAGAAUCUCAGGCACCUUCACAAAUCUGUAAGUUUCCAAAGUGACCUGAUGGGGAGAGAUAGAGGGUGACUCAAAAUGGAUUUCGACGUGCAGCAGAAUUGAAAUUUCGAUGUGUCCUCAGGUAUUAUUAAUUGUGAUUAAUAGAUGGUGGGGAAGUGCUAGCCUUCCAGAGCUUGCUGAACUACAACUCCCAUCAUCCCUUGGCCAUUGACCAUGGUGGCUGAGGCUGAUGGGAGUUGCAGUUCAUCAGACUCUAGAGGGUUCCCCACACCUGUACUAGAUGCUAGGGAGAAGAAACUCUGGAGGACUAUCUCCAGCUUGCUGCCCUGCUUGUGAACUUCCUUUGGAGGCAGAGCCUGGGGUUGUUUGGCCCUUUCACUUGAUGCAGGACAGGUAUGGGGAACCUUUUGCCUGCCAGAUGUUCCUGAACUACAACUCCCAUCAUCCCUGGCCAGUGGCUGGUGGGAGUUGUAGUUCAGGAACAUCUGGCAGGCAAAAGGUUCCCUACACCUGAACUAGGAAGAGAUCUAGGUAUGCCUUUGUGUUGUUGUUGUUGUUAAGGUGUGACGUUGUGCUUGCACGUUUGAUUUGACAUAAGGCUUCCACGUGUCUCUCUUCAUGUGGAAGACGUGGCCUUGUCACUGCCUGGGUUGGGGGACGUGACCAGGAGCACACAUAUGGUUUGUGAACUUACUGCCCCUUUUUUCUGAUAGACAUUAUUCUGAACUUCCGCACCACGUACGUCAGCCAGUCGGGCCAGGUGGUCUAUGACACCCGUUCGAUCUGCCUCCACUAUGUGGCGACUUGGUUCUUUGUGGACUUGAUUGCAGCCUUGCCCUUUGACCUCCUCUAUGCCUUCAACGUCCCUGUGGUGAGUCUGCCUUUCAGUCUGCCCCUCUGAAUCAGCAAGAGGUGAAUGCUGAGAAGGGCCUCAGGCCUUUGUGGCUGGAAUUGCUGAGCAGCCUCUUUCUAAAAAGAGAGACCUGCCUGGAGGUGCUGCCCUAUGAACUGCCUGAUCUGAAGCAGGUCCCUUCUGCUCUUGCAAGGAGGAAUGUGUUCAUUACAAGCAGUGAUUUGCACAUGAUGAAGCGCCACAGAAAUGAUAAGCAGCUUCGAGAAAUGCCCCACGCAACAUCACCCCUAAUGGGUGCAAGGUGACUUGGCCACCGAGUAGUGACAGAAGAUAACUUUGCACAUCCUCAGGGGCACAGUUAUUAUAAUAACAAUGGUAAAAACAUAAUUUUUAUAGCACUUUAUUAUCUCAACAGAUCUCACAGUGAUUUUAUAGGGUAGGUCAGUAUUAUUUUCAUAAGUAUUACCUGCAAAAAAAAAGUGGCAAUAUAGAGUGCUCCCUUUCAGGGCUCCAAUCAGCCAGCCAUGCCUUCUGAAAGAUAUGCCAUUCCUUUCCCCCUCCCCACUGGCUUUCUACACACACACACACACAUGUGUCAGUAGCUGAUUUCAGAGUGGCUCCAAUUUUUGUUUUAAAUCAACUAAAUCAGGGGUGUAGAAGAGCCCAUAGCACUCCACAUGUUGUUGCACUGCAAUUCCUAUCAUUCCUGACCACUGGCCCUGCAGGCUGGGGCUGAUGGGAGUUGGAGUCCAGUACCACCUUGAGCGCUACAGGCUCUCCAUCCCUGAACUAAAUGAAGCCUGUUCUCUCUGCCCUGCUGCAAGGUUCCUCCUGUAGCUAAUCCCACACCCUGCUUCUGCUGCUUCUUGCUAUUGGAUGCACCUUUAUUUCUUAGCCUUGGUUUCCCGGGGGGCUCAUUAAGCAGCUUGACGAAGUGUCUCAUGCUAACAUGAGACCUUCGACUAAUGAGGAAGCUUAUGCAGUUGCUAACCAGCCAUUGCUUUCUCCUGGCAGCGUGCUGAGCAAAUGGAGGUCACUAGGUUUGAAUUCCUUGCUUCCUAAUUUAAUCUUGUCAGAUUCUACCUGCUUUUCAAAGUAACAGUGACUUUACCUCAGUCCUGCAACAGUGGGAGUUUGAACCAAGACCUCCAGAGACCUGGCAUACGGCAACUCCUCCAUUCUCAGAACUGUAAUAAUCAGCUUCUGAAAUAAGAACUAACUGCAGAACCCAAGGCUGUGUGCACACGAUACCUUUAAAGCACAUUUGAAUCACAUUCUUUCCCUCAAAGAAUUCUGGGCACCUUAGUCUACACUCACAGAGUUACAAUUCCCAGAAACCCUUAACAAACUACAGUGCCCAGAAUUCUUUGAGGGAUCAAAUAUGCUUUGAAUGUGCUUUAAAGUCAUAGUAUGUGUAUGCAGCCUUAGCCUGCUUUGAAGUCACAAAAUCUAAAUUUUGGAAGUGCAAUGGGGGCUGGCUGUGGCUACUCAGUUGUGAUGGGGAUCCACUCUGCAUGUGCACAGAGGAACUUUGUCUUGGUACAACCAUUCUUCAUGUGGUUUAAGCUCUGGAAAAGUUGCACAAUUUGGGGGUGAGAUGAGAUGAAGGGCAUCUUUCUCAGACCCCUCCUGUAAGCCCCAGUUACCUUAAUCUUUGUUCUCAAGCUCCAGUCACAGCCAUAGCUCAAUGACAGAAUAAGAUUUCAGAUUUAAUGCCCACUACCAGCACCUCUUAAUUUAAAGGACUAAGAAGAAUAAGACUAGGGAAAGACGCUUGUCGUGGGUGUUGGGAAAGAGUCCAUCUGCGGACUAUGAUUUAUUUGUUUAUUCCAUUUAUAGCCCCCAAGGAAAAAAACCUUUCUUCCCCACCCAUUUAUCCUCAUCUCAGCCCUAUGAUGUAAGCCAGGCUGAGUUGUAGCAAUUGGCCCAUGAUCACGCAUUCAGCUUCAGGUCUAAAUCCAUGGUAUGUUAAUGCUGUGAUGAGCAAUCACAUUGCAGGCUUUCUAAAAUAAAAUAUCAGGUACGGGAGUGGGAUAGUCAAUGUCACUGCAGUACAAGAGCAAGUUGAAUCCUUUCUUCCCCACCCAGCCAUAAUCAUCCAGGGGGUGGAGGGUGGGCGAGGAGGAAGUACUGCAGAAAUCAGUGUUGGCACCAAUGGGAGUCCUGCCCUCCUAAUACUAAUUUCUAUUGGAGUGGUGUGAUGCUUGCCAAGAUCAUAGCUGGGGAGGAAAGACUUAAACCUCCCUCCCCUGUGUGCUGUGCUGUUGAUGACUACCCCCACCUCCAGCCACUUGCCUUGCCUGUCUAUCUAUCUAUCUAUCAUCUAUCUAUCUAUCUAUUUUAAAAAAGAAAACUCUAACCGUGUUGUUACUAUGAAGUACAAUUAAGCCCUGAGAGGGGAUCUGAACCUAGGUCUCUGCAGUUCUAAUCUAACACUGUUACCCACACUUGCCCACAUAAGAAUUGCCCAGUGCAGGAAUAAUCUGAUAAACAGUGGAAAAUUGGGUUCCACUCAGGGUCACAGAUGAUUUGUUUUGGUGUUUUUAAGUGGGUGGAUCAAUCGUCACUUUCUGCUACUCCCCUUUCCACACCCACUGCUUCCUCAGUGCUCUCGGUUUUUUUCCCCCCAGCCAUGCUCGUAAUUAUUUGUGAUGCACUCCUGAACGGAGUGUGGCUUUUUAUAUUCCUUUCGAUCCCUCAGAUUUGCAACAAACACACACACACACACACACACACACACACACACACACACAGCCCCAGAAAACUGCAUGUUAAAAAUUGCAUGCUGAAAUUUUGCAGUUGCCUGAGUGUGUGCAUUUGCACACUUCUUGGAUGGGAUUUAAAAAUGAAAAGGAAAAGACAAGGUUCCUGUGAAGCUGAGUGCAUGCCCUGUCAGUACUUAGUUGGCCUAUAGGAUAAACAAAUUAGAAGGCAAAGGCGAACACAAAAGGGAGCACCUGGUUUAAUCAGCACAAAAGAUCAAACUUGCUCCUUGUAUACAAAUCCAGGUUCCUUCCAGUUGUGGACUACCCCAUUGGAUAAGUCCUAUACCACUCUUGCUUAAUAGUCUAACAGACAAAAAGCAAGGUUUUAUUUAGUUAGCAGCUAAGUUUAUAUCCCACCCUUGCUCCCAAAGGAGCCCUGUGUGGCAAACAUAGCAGUGGCCAAACAAUACAAUUAAAAAUAAAAUAUAUUUUAAACAAUUAAAUACGGUACAUUUAAAAGCACAUAAAACCAUCUCAAAUUAAUAAUUUCAAGGCUGUCAUGGACAGUAUCUUUCAGUCAUCAAAUGCCUGGGUAAACAGGGAUGUUUUUAAAUUCCUCUUGAAAGUUAAUAGUGAGGGAAGGAGACGCACCUCACCAGGGAGAGCAUUCUGAAAACAGGGAGCCACCACUGAGAAGGCCCUGUCACAAGUCAAUGCCAACCGGGGAGCAUGUAAUGUCCAUGACCCACUCUGAUUUAUUUUUCUCCCUUCUUCUUCCCCAGACCUAUCUGGUGCACCUGCUGAAGACAGUGCGCCUCCUGCGCCUGCUCCGUCUCCUCCAAAAGUUGGACCGCUAUUCUCAGUACAGUGCUAUGGUCCUGACUUUGCUCAUGUCUAUGUUCGCUCUCCUGGCCCAUUGGAUGGCCUGCAUCUGGUAUGUCAUCGGCCGGCAGGAGAGCAACGACCCAGUGACCUGGGACAUUGGUGAGCUUAAGGAACAACUGGGCAGCCCUCCUCUUGGAAACCCUGGGUGUGUGGCUCUGAGCGGAGCAACACGCGUCUCCUUGUGGGAACCCAUAACAAGGCUGCUGUGCAUCCUGGGAAAGGAGUGGGCGCUGAGUAAGAGGGCUUAAACAAACACACUUUCUUUUCUACUCCUUGGGCAACCUUUCAAGAAGAAAAUAACAUAGAUCUGCAUGUUUACAGCAUGGUUCAGUUUGACCCAGCAGAAAGCUGAUGUUGGAAGGGACAGAAGGGCUAGUGUCUGUAAAACCACCAACACCUCCUCUUCCCCCAGUCUCUGGAGCAGUUUUCUAACUUUUAAGCAAAUGUUUACAUUUUCAAACAUGAAUGUGUAAGCCAGGGGAAUAGAGCCUAUGGGACUCCAACUCUCUUCAUCCCUGACUACUGGCUAUGCUGACUGGGUCUGAUGGGAGUUGGAGUCCAACAAAACAUGGAGGGCCACAUAUUCCUCAUCCGUGCUUUGGCAGACUGGUGAGGGCAAUGUUGGCUUCUGGGAUUCCCCUUCUGUGGGAGCUUUUUCUGGGGUGAGGGGGAAGGCCCUGGUAUCUGCAUCAUCUGCUCCUUUCUCUGAUAGAGGGAUGCAGUCUGACCCGCUGCAACAGGAUUAACCCUUCACUGUGCCCUGCAGGCUGGCUCCACGAACUGGGCAAGCGGAUCGAGGCCCCGUACAUCAACAGCUCUGUGGGAGGACCCUCCAUCCGCAGCGCCUACAUUGCUUCCCUCUACUUCACCCUCAGCAGCCUGACCAGCGUGGGCUUUGGCAACGUGUGCGCCAACACGGACGCCGAGAAAAUCUUCUCCAUCUGCACCAUGCUCAUUGGCGGUAAGUCCAUCACAGGCAGGGCUGCAUAUCUCUCGUAACAACAAGCGCACUGUGGAGGGGGGAAGCAUAGGGGUUUGGCGCUGGUGUCUAGCAUCCAGAUAAACCUGGUUUCCAUUUUGCCAGAAAGCAAGUUUCUAGUCCUUAAAGGUAAAGGUACCCCUGCCCGUACGGGCCAGUCGUGUCCGACUCUAGGGUUGUGCGCCCAUCUCACUUAAGAGGCCGGGGGCCAGCGCUGUCCGGAGACACUUCCGGGUCACGUGGCCAGCGUGACGAAGCUGCUCUGGCGAGCCAGCACCAGCGCAGCACACGGAAACGCUGUUUACCUUCCCGCUAGGUAAGCGGUACCUAUUUAUCUACUUGCACUUAAGGGUGCUUUCAAACUGCUAGUGGGCAGGAGCUGGGACCGAAAGACGGGAGCUCACCCCGCCGCGGGGAUUCAAACCGCCGACCAUGCGAUCGGCAAGCCCUAGGCCCUGAGGUUUUACCCACAGCGCCACCCGCAUCCUUAUCGUUCGCAAAUGUGGGCAGGGCCUAGCGAAGUCUUGAAAGACAAGGUUGAGAUGGGGGACUGCUAGACAGGAUAUUUUCACAUGCUAAAAGUAGGGCACGUGUUUGGUGCAGAGUGCUUUGCCCCUCCUAAAGAUAAGCAGAAGUAGAAUAAAUUAGGCAACAACAACAACAAGCCCACUACCACCCACUACCAUGCCCACUACUAUGCAAUGCAACAUUUGGGCUACCUGGGCUCAUAAUUUAAUCGGGUGGGGCUUUGAGUGGUGCUGUUAGUUGACCAGAGUCCAGGGAUGAAUGUGAGGGUGUGAUCUUCCCCUUGUGGCCUUUGGUAUGCAUGUGGUGCCUUUUUGAAAUGGUUUGAGAGGUGAGCUUUGAUAGUUAAGACUUGGGGCUUAUCUACACUUAGCUUUCCUCUACUCUUUCCAGGCACGGUCCAUGCUUUAAAGCUCCAUUUCUGAGUACAUUUUUCUCUCUCUCUCUCCAGAGCUUUCCCUGCAAAAACCUGCUUUUUAAAGCUGGAUUUGGAGCAAAUGGCAAUCCACAUAAAACCCAAAUUGCCAAUUGCUCCAAUUGAGCACUAAAAAGCAGGUUUUCAUGGGGAAACCUCUUGGGGGAGAGGUGGGAGACCAUGCUUGGACACAGAGCUUUAAAGCACAGACUUGUGCCUGGAAAGAGCGGGGCAAAAGUUAAGCAUGGAUAAGCCGUCAGACUCUCCUCUGCCUGCAACUCAUUAUAUGUCUCUGGUCUAUUGAUCUCUCUCUUUCAUCCUCAGUUCCUCCCAUCUGUAAAAUGGACAUAAAAGAAACAAGUGUAAUUCAGAAAAUGAGAGGUGCAGGGGGCACAUGCCUGUCACUCAGCUGAUGUCAGCUGGUCAGCAGGUGGGCGUGGUUUGGGGGGAAAUGGCCUUUUGGGCCAAAUUAGGGUCCCAAGAUUGGCCCACAGGUGGGAGGUUCUCCACCCCUGGUUUAGAGGUCACAAAGCAAACUGUGUGGCAUGCUAAGUUGUCCUCUGGCAGAGCAGCUGGGAUGGCUGCUGCCCCAUAGUUUUCUGACUGACACAGCUGCUUUGCCAUGCCUAGGAACACAAGAAGGCUGCCUUGCACUGAGCCAGACCAAUAAUUUAUUUAGCCCAUUGUUGCCUAGACUAACAGAAAGCUGCUCUCCAGGAUUAGAAGGCAGGGAGCAUCUCUUAGCCCUACUUGGAGAUGCUGAGGAUUGAAGCUAAGCUACAGCCCUUCCCCUCCUGCCUAAUGAUAGGGCUGGCCCUGAUACCAGACCUGAAAGGGAAUUAAGUCCAGGGAAUAUGCUACAGCUGCCCUAUACCAAGUGCUGCCUGGGUGAUCAUGAGAAGGAGAUGGAAGUCAGAGAGGCAUCCCCAGAAGGAAGCGCUGUAGUCAUAAAGUGACUUUCGUUAUGGUCCCAUAGACUGGAUAAAUGCAUGUUCAGGUCACAUCAAAGACAAAAAUAUUUUAGAUAACUUAAAUGGCUGUGCUUUAGAACUUGAGACGAGGAGAUUACUUUCCUUUGAGAGUAAAGCAGGAAGAGUGAGAAAUAGAGGGGGUGGGUGGUUUAUUACUUUUGUCCAAUUUUAAAUUUUUGUUUCUAAAUUUAUCGUAAUGCUCUCAUAGGGCAGUCCAGGGCAGGGGAAUUCCAGGCUCAGAAAUAAUUGGCCCAUCUCAGCUUUAUUAGCAAUGAUAAAACCUCCAGGCUCAGAAGCCGUCUACUUCUGGAAUACUAGCCAUUCUGGAUAAGCAACAGAGGAAAAACUGCUGCUUUAAUGCCCUGCUUUUUUAAAAAAAAAAUAGUAUAGUGUUUAGUUUAGUUUAGUUUAGUUUAGUUUAGUUGUUUAGUUUAGUUGUUUAGUUUAGUUUAGUUUAGUUUAGUUUAGUUUAGUUUAUUACAUUACAUUACAUUACAUUACAUUACAUUACAUUUAUAUCCUGCCUUUUUCUCUGGAGAACUCAAAAUGGCACACAGGCUUCUCCCCAUCUCUGUUUUAUUCCCACAACAACCCUGUUAGGUAGGUUAGACUGAAAGACAGUGACUUGCCCAAAGUCACCAGUGAGCAUCAUGGCUGAGCUGGGAUUUGAACCCUGAUCUCUCAGGUUUCUGAGCACAAUUCAACGUGUUGUUGCUAACCUUUAAAGCCCUAAACGGCCUUGUCCUUGUAUACCUGAAGUAGUGUCUCCGUCCCCCGUCGUUCAGCUCUGACGGUCUUCUGGCAGUUCCCUCACUUCUGGCAGUUCCCUUACAGGGAACGAGGCAGAGGGACUUCCAGAUAGUGGCACCCACCCUGUGGAAAGCCCUCCCAUUAGAUGUCAAAGAGAUAAACAAUUAUAUGACUUUCUGAAGACAUCUGAAGGCAGCUCCGUAUAGGGAAGUUUUUAAUGUUUAAUGUUUUACCAUAUUGGCCUGAAUAUAAGCCACACUUUUUUUUUUCUAAAUUCUGACCGUGAAAAGUUAAAGUGCGGCUUAAUUUCGUGACCUUACAAAAAUUGGCUUUUAUGAUAUUGCCGCUGAAACAGACAUAUGGUAAAACGGAACGAGUGUGAGUGCCUGCAAAAUUUUAAGGGAGCAGCUUAUAUUUGGGUAUUGUCUUUUAUUCCUCCCCCCUCCUUGAAUUUUAAAGGUGCGGCUUAUAUUUGGGUGUGGUUUAUAUUCGGGCCAAUAUGGUAUUAUGUUUUUAUUUUAAGCUGGAAGCCGCCCAAAGUGGCUGAGGCAACCCAGUCAGAUGAGUGGGGUAGGAAUAAUAAAAUCAUCAUCAUCAGUAUUAUCAUUAUUAUUAUUAUUAUUAGUCCUUGUCCAGCACCCUAACCACUACUCCACACUGACUUGUGUUCCAUCUGUUGGGAAUAGGAUGCCAAUCUAGAUAGGCUAAGAGAGCUCUUCUUCUCUCAUGCCCCUUUCCUCCUCUCUGCCCCAGCUUUGAUGCAUGCCGUGGUCUUUGGCAACGUGACAGCUAUCAUCCAGCGCAUGUACUCGCGACGCUCCCUCUAUCAUACCCGCAUGAAGGAUCUCAAGGACUUCAUCCGCGUCCACCGCCUGCCCCAGCAGCUCAAGCAGCGCAUGCUGGAGUACUUUCAAACCACGUGGUCUGUCAACAAUGGCAUUGAUGCCAAUGAGGUAAGGGCAGCUUGCUCUCUGUCAGUUUUAGGCUGGAUUCCUAUGCCCCCCUUAUUAUAGAAUAAGCACAACUGAACUGAAUGAAACUGAUUUCUGACCAGAUGUUCAUAGGACUGAAUAUUAUUAACCCCCUUCUAAGGGUCACGAUGAUUUGGGAGAUUCCCCCCAAAAUCUGACUUUUUGCAGUAAGGACAAUGAUGGGGAAAUAUACUAGGAAAGUGUGAGAUAAGGAAUAUUUGAGAUGAGGUCGUCUAACCUCCCAACAAACAAAACAGAAUGGAUAAUUAGCCAAUAUUGUCUAAAUUUUCUGCAAACUUUGUGAAUACAAAUCAGGAAGGAUGCUCAAUGGAACAGGUCAUCUGGACAUGGCCUUAGGGUCUGGGGCUGAAGAGCGCUCCUACAUAAAGGAGGAUAAAAUGAAACAGGCUAUGAGAGGAGCCUGGGGGUCAGACCCCGGCCCAUUUGUGGGUUGUGGCAGCACAGUGGACUCCAAUUGUACCAAACCCCAUGCUGACGCUCCCUGCUCCUCCUUUCCCUUCAGCUCCUGCGGGACUUCCCGGAUGAACUACGAGCGGACAUUGCCAUGCACUUGAACAAGGACAUUUUGCAGCUGCCUCUCUUUGAGAGCGCCAGCCGUGGCUGCCUGCGUGCCCUUUCCCUGCACAUCAAGACAUCCUUCUGCGCCCCUGGGGAAUAUCUCCUCCGCCAGGGAGACGCCCUGCAAGCAAAUUACUUUGUCUGCUCAGGCUCCCUUGAAGUCCUUAAGGACAACAUUGUACUGGCCAUUUUAGGUAAGACUCUGGGAGAGCCGCACAGUGCAAUCUGUGUCUCUUUGGGGAUGCGGGGGUGGUCUCUGUAUUAGGGCCAGGCUGAGGCCACAAAUAGGCUCUGUGUCAGGGCUAGGGCAAAAUUCAGUUUUGUUUGCAUUUUAAUGAGAAACUGUCUGAUCUGUGCUUCUCAAACUAAUACAUGAAAUCUGCACUUCUCCAAAUUUUGCGAUGCAGUUCUCUGGUCAAGCAGUUUGCAAAACAAUGUGUAUGUUAGGGGGAAAUGUGCACAGAAAUGCAUAUAUUGGUGAAACUAACUACAAAAAUUCAUUAUGUUAGAGGGACUUGCUUGCAAGAAUGUGUGCAUUAGACAAAACUGCAUACAAAAAUACAUUUAUUAUAAGAAAUUUGCACUAAAAUGCUGAUUGAUUUUCUUGAGGAUUUCUGUUAAAUCUGCAAAUUGCUGAGGAAAUGUGGAAAACUGAAUUUAAGAUAUGAAAACUGAGAAACUGAGGGCAGAUCCACACCAGGAAGUACAUUCAACAGAUAUUUAAAGUGCAUGGCUUCCCCCAAAGAAUCGUGGGAAGUGUAGUUUCACCCUCAAAGAGAUACAAUUCCCAGCAAACUACAGCUCCCAUGAUUCUUUGGGAGAGGCCACAUGCAUUAAAUGUGUUUUAAGUGUAUAGCAUGGAUCUGCCCUGAGAUAAACCAAAAUUGACAAAUCAAUCCAUUCCUGACCAUUAGCAGUGCUGGCCAGGGCUGAUGGAGAGUUGGAGACAAACAACACCUGGAGGUCCACAAGUUCCCCGCUCUAUAUUAAUCCUGCUGUAGAAUAUGCCAUUGGCAUAAAGAGCUGGGCAGCUGAGGGCUGAAGCCCAGCAGGCAACAGCUCUUGGUUUGAUGACAGGAAAAUCCAGGCUCCUGCUUUCCAGUCCAGAGACAUGUGCUGACUGGCGAUGCACACCCCUUGUGAGCCUAGAAAAGGCUCCGAGAUCUCAAAGCACACACAGCUCACUAGGCUAGUCCCAGCCUCAACCCCAGCCCAUGGGACUCCCAGUUUGAGCCCCUCCAUCAGAAGAUGGGGGAGAGAUGAGAGAACACACGAGUGGCCUCCCUGCUUCUAACCCCGUUCAGGCGCUCCCCAAAUCCUGACUUGUCUUCCUUAGGUAAAGGGGACCUCAUUGGGGCUGACCUGCCCAAUAAAGACCAAGUAAUCAAGACCAACGCAGACGUCAAGGCGCUGACCUACUGUGACCUCCAGUACAUCAGCCUGCGCGGGCUCUUCGAGGUGCUGGAGCUGUACCCCGAAUAUUCUGCCAAGUUCAUGGCCGACAUCCACCAGGACCUCACCUUCAACUUGCGGGAGGGCAGCGAGAUUGAGGUAGGGGUGUUUGUGUGCUGCAGGUGACCCUGAUCCCCACCUAUCCUGCCCCCUUUCUACCUGUACUUCUAGCCAUUUGACCACACAGGGCCAGUUCCCAUGAAGACCAGACCCUUCCCCUUCCCCAGGAAUCAUUCACAUCCCCUGCUAAAGACACCACAUCCACCAUCAUCACUCCCAGACCAUGAGAAUCCAUGUUUCCAGCAUUUCCGACUCCAUCAGCACCCUUCCACCAUUUGCAUCUUGCUGCUUUCCCUGAGCAGGCAGAGAGAGAGAGACUAGGGCCACGUUUAUCACGUGGCUUGUCCUGGGUGAAAAGCUAUUUUUAAAAAAAUUAAUUGCCAGCAUGGGAAGGAGGCCCCAUCUGGAUUAAGAGCCUAGCAGAAAGCAAAGGGUUAAAUCUGCCCUAGCCCCUGCCAUCAUACAAUAGGAGUGUGUGUGCUGUCAAUCUGUGAAAGAAACAGCAGUCAAGGGCAAAGGAUGUGAAAUGUGUCCCAUCCAGUCUGACCUAUUUCCCCCACCUGUUCCCCAGAUCCAGAUAGCCUUCAUAGGAACAUAGGAAACUGCCUUAUACUAGGCCAGACCGACAAUCCAUUGAAUUCAGUGUUGCCUACACUGACUGGCAGCAACUCUGCAGGGUUUCAGACAGGGUUCUCCACCAGCCCUACCUGGAGGGGCCAUGGAUCAAACUUGGAAACUGAGCAAAGCAGGGGCUCAACCACAGAGCUGUGGCUUUUCAGAUAGAGACAGGCAACUGUUUCUGUGGCGUUUUAAGCAUCUGUUCCCAGAAUCUCUGCACACUCAUGCCUUUUGCGCCGCUGUUGCCCCUCGUCAAACAUAUCUUGCAUGUUUCUGAAGUGCUAUACACAGCACAGACGAUGGCAUCUUCAUUUCUGCAAAACGAAAAAAAAGCCUCUUCUGGGUGGGUGUGUUUUCAGAGGGGAGAGUGUCAGAGGCAUCUGUGGGGCUGUCUCCCUGGGAAACUCUUAUUUAUGGAUGUUCAGGUGGAGAAGGGGUUAGGGCAGGGCCUACACAGCUUGACUGCCCCUCUCUCCCAUCCCCACUUGAAUGCAGCCUUGCACCAUACCUUGGCAGGUCCUCAACAUGGCUGCAGGCCCAGGCAGGCAAAGAGUUCAGGAGGUUAACAAUGACCCUAGGGGGCCACCAUACGUGACUGGUGGUAGGCCAGCGCUACCAUGCAAGGAAGGAAGGAAGGAAGGGGAAGUGGUCUUCUUCAUUCAGUUGGUAGACUGUGAGACUUUUAAUUUUAGGAUCAUGGGUUCAAGCCCUGCAUUUAGCAUCACACACUGUUCCACCUGCAUUGCAGGGGGUUAAACUAGAUGACUCUUGUGGUACCUUCCAACUCUACCAUUCUAUGAUUCUAUAAGGCACUGUGGUGGCGUGAUAAAAGCAGGAAUUGGGGUUUGAAUGGUGCAGCAAGAUUUUUUAAAGCAAGGAUGGUCAACCUGUGUCUCCUCAGAUAGUCUUGAACUCCAGCUCUUAUCAGCCCGAGCCAGCAAGGCCAACGGUCAGUGUUGAUGGGGUUUUUAAUUGAACAGCAUCUGGAGGGCCACAGAUUACCCAGGUCUGUUUUAAAGUGUUACCUGCAGCAGUGUGUGUGUUUGUGAGUCCUUCUUUUGGGCAUCAAAAUGCCACAUGUUGGCAUUGGCUGGCUUCAUAAGUCUAGGUUAUACAAUUAGCAACCUAUACAGUGAUAGCAACCCCAAACAAGGCUUUCCCCAAGUGGGAAAUGUAUUCAGUGAUCCAAUUUAAGCACAUGAAUUGGUAUACAGACACAGAAUUCAACAUUGUAUGAACAACAGCCUGCUUCUUUUCAAAUGGCAAAUUUCAGCCUGUUGUCACUGCAAAGAGAAGCUUGAAAGUGUGUGAACAAUGGUAAAAUCUCAGAAACUGGGGGGGAAGAGGUGGGACUUCAGAGCCCUGAAUAGCUAAAUACUUGGCUAUAAUAGAAGCAGAAUAAAAGCUGCAAACUCAUCGAAUACAUGCCAAUAUAUGCACAACUGAAUCAGGUGGUAGAAUUUUACCUGCAAGGUUUAUUGCACACAGCCCAAAGCUAAAUCUAACUGUUCCUCUCAUUGGAGCACCUCAUGCCGCUAGAACAGAGCUCAAAACUCAGUUAUUUGCAGGACGCUUUUAAAGUAUGGCAUGCUGAGGUCUGAAAAGACUCCUUUGCAGAAGGAGAAUGGUCCAGUCAUUCAAUACGAGUCAUGCUCAUUGAACACUGCAGAAGAGAACAAGAGCCCUCGAGGAUCAAAGCAAAUGCCUAGCCAGUCCUGCAUCCCAUUUCCCACAGUGGCCAAUCAGAUGCCUCCGGGACAAGCAGGGCAAGAGCGCCAUAGCUGUCUCCUGCCCUUGUUCCCUAGCAACUGGCAUUUGGAGGCAUGGCGCCUCUGAUCCCGGAGGUAGCAUAAAGCCAGCAUGAGGGGUGCAAUAUAAAUUCAUUCGAUUUGUAUUAACUCACCCUUCCUGAAUUAAUAUGCACACUCCUCUGAAAUUUGCACUUGCCUAAAUUUUGCGCUGCAGUCCUCCAGCCAAAGAACGCAUAGCAAAAUGGGCCUGUUAGUGAAAAGUGCACACACAAAUGCACACUGGUGACUUGACUGUACACAAAUGCACAUGGGUGAAAAAAUGUACCAAAGUGUGUCCUAUUGUACCAAAGUGUGUCCUAUAUAGCUACAAGCAGUGGGGGGAAAGGCAGGUGCAGUACAAGUUCCUGUCUCUCGCUCCCCCUUCUCCCCGUGGUUAAUAAUAUCUUCAGUGAGGCAGUGAAGAGGAAUUAAAUAAGUAAACAGUGCCGAAGAAUAGGUUGACCACCCUCCCCUCUGUACCAUGGCUCUGAUCCCACUUGCCCACCUGUUUACUAAGCCACAAGUCCAAUGGAGGUUUAUUUUUAAGAGCUGUUAAACAUGAACAACUGCUGACUGCAUCGCUCAGUCACUCAUUUUAGGCUGAGGCCACAUCGCCUCCCCUUACUUUCCGUUUCCUCUGCUGUUAGACUUCACACCUCCCAGGAAGCAACGCUUCAACUCUUGUCAUAUAUGGACAUUGCUGUAACUAAGAACAGAAUGUAGCAUCCCCCAUAAGGUGUUUUUAAGCAAGAGAAAAUACGCCUAGAGGCAACAGCGGCUGGUGCCCAUUGUACCCGUUGCAAGCAGAACCAACUCGUUCCAGUUUUGCCUCCAUCCUCUCCUCCAGUACAGUUCACUCUUGGUUCAACGCACCAGGUCACUUCCUCCCCACUGCAUUUCUCCUCCUGUUUGUGUCCUCCUCCGUCUACAGUUUCCCCUCGGCUGAACUUACCCACCUACCCACCCUGCUGAUUGUGAUGGUGGUUUUUGUCCACUAGGACCAAGACCGUGACCAGCCAGUAAACGCCCGUAGGCUCUCCAACAGCCGUCGGAUGGUAACAUGCUUUGGGCACUACCGGCCUGGGCUACAUUCGAACCAGUGACCUAGAGGUGAAAGGUCGUGUGCCCACCCCGCCUCCCGAUACAAUCCUGCCCUCCCUCGCCCACCGCCACACCUCAUUGCUCCCAUCUGUCAUCACAAUGCCCACCCCCAUUCCCCUGAACUUUCUCCCCCUAUCCCUGCCUGCCCUCUUGAUACUUUGCUGUAGCACAUGGAAGUUUGUCCAUCCCUAGAAUGGUGUGGGAGGUGGAGUGCAAAUAGAUAGAAAGGGCGCUUAAUGAGCAGAGGAGGAAAAUAUAGGCAGAAUGAAGACGGGUGGAAUGAAUGUGCAUGGGAAAAAGAGGAGAGGUGGACUCUAAUCCGCCUUGUGUGUAUUCAGUAGAGCAUGGGGGUUCUCUGCGUAUGUUGUAAUGGACACACAUAAGGAGGGAGGCAGAACCUUCCAUCGCAAGCUUCAUUCUCCCCAAGUCUUGCCAUGAUGGCUGGAGGUUGUGCCCUGUCUCCAGGGACUAUGGGCACAGCAAAUACUAGUUGCUGGCACCCACAGGAGAGGAGUGCGCUCUAGCUCCUGCUCAAAACAAUGCAUGGUUGUCAGUUUGUGCCAAGAUGGUGCAGGAGAUGCUUCCUAGAGGGGCCAGAACCAAGGUGAAAUGGCAUCUGUCUCUUCAGCUUUUGAUUGGGUGGUCGUCAGUCUGGCAACCAAGAAUGGUCAGCUUUGAGGCAACAACCCUGAUAGACUCUGAAAGAGCUACCCAGUCUUUCUUGUUUGAUUGUGUUGUUGUUGCUGUUUUCCUUUCUAGGGACUUCUCCGAUUCUCCAGGUCCCCACGUUUAUCCCAGGUAACUUUUUUGCUGCAGGAACAGAAGGGCACAGGGCUGGGAGAAACUGCAUUGAUUACAGCCAACAUGAAAUUGGCUGAGUGGGUGGGAUCUCAGGAAGCAAAAAAUAAAAAUAAAAUAAAAAUCUUAACUUUGUUCGUAAGUUGCUUGCAAAAACUUGAGUUUGCAUUCUCCUAAAUUAUUUCUCCUACACCUGAAAGCCUGAGGGCUAAGAGCAUUUCACCCUGGCUUGCGGUGCAGAUAUGAACUAGUUUGAAAUGCUUAUUUGCAUGACAGAUUGAUACUCUCCACCUAAACAAUGAUCAGAUGGUCAUACAUCUAAGUUUAUUAAAUGUGAUUUAAGCCUCACCUAUAAGAAAGCUGCCUUUCCAUCUUCUGAAUCUUCUUCCUUCCCUCCCUCUUGUUUAGCCUCACCUUGAAAGUGGCGCUGCCCCCGAGAAGCCCCUGCCCUCCAUCCAGGAAUAUGGCGAAGACUCUGAGGACUUCUUCCAGCCCUCGCCAGCCACCAUCACCCGCCGCAAACUCCUCUUGCCCAACCUCAACAGCCCCGUGAGGCGCGGCUCCUUCAGCAGCCUGCUAGGAGAUGACCUGCGCCAGUUCUCCGCCCUGCGGCGAAACUGUCGCUCCCCAGCCCACUGCAACCGAGGCCGUAGCCCCUCUCCGCAGUGUCGCCGGGAGGUGCAGCUCUCUGAUGAGGGCAGCAAUGGCCGGAAACCUGGCAAGCUCCUCAUUCCCUCCCUCAUGAACUACGGAACCCCAGACCUCAGCCCCAGGUAAGGGUCCUCAUUGCAUUCCUGAACGGCCACAGCAGACAAACGGAUUUGGCUCAUGGGGUAUGAUCCGCUGGGAAGUUCUCCUGCGAAAGCCUCAAUAAAAUGAAUAGGAUACGUUCAAGAAGGAAGCAGUGGUUUUCUGUAGCUUCUUUCCAUUUAGCUUAGAUUUAGGUUGGAGAACUUCCUAGCACUGGGGUGUAGGGUGGCUGUCAACAAGCCAGGACAUCCACAGGGCAGGCACACACACAGAAGGCAUGGAAUGUGAUUAGCUUUUUAUUAGCAGAAAAACAACAACAACACAGCAAUGUCCUUUGGUUCAUCUCAACUCAACGAAGGCUUUGCUGAAACUAAGCUCUAGCCAUGCCCCUCCCCGCUAGCCUCUCACUCUGGAUCACUCCCAAGCAGGGGGUGGGCUCCUCCUGUGGGUCUGUCUGGCACUCCUCAAGCAGGGAGUCAGAGUGGGAGAAGAGUCAGCAGGACUGGGACUGUCUGCAUGCAUGUUGCGACUCUCAGCUUCUAACCCUGUCCUGGAAGGCCCUCCUUCUCCUGACCCCCCCCCCUUGAUCUCUCAAGUCUCCUGCUUCUCUCAGCUCCCAGCUUAUCCUUUCUGAUGACUGUUCCUCAGUGUCCCACCACCAGGCUCCAGGCUCUAAGGUGUCAUCUUCAAGGCCCUCCCUGGAGAGUUCUUGGGAGUCAGGCACCCACCACUCCUCCUCAUCCAUCUGGCCCGACAGUGGGGGUCUGUUUUCCAUCCAGUGCUCCAUUUCCUUGGAGGGAUAGGCUGCCUCUGAAUAUGGAGGUUCUAAAUUCGAUAUUCAAUCGCCACUGCUUGACCCUAUCUUACCACUUUUUGACUCCACCCAGCCACAUAAACUAAUCUGUCUCCCACCUCCCUAGAGUCGUGGAUGGAAUUGAAGAUGACGGUGGCGCAUCAGAGACACAAACCUUUAGUUUCAAUGUGGAUCAGCCCAUGCAGAGCUCGGCGCAGGAGCCUCCAGUGUCAGGUAGCGAUGGCAACGGAGGAGAUGGGUCCUUCCACCUGCCUUAGAGAGCAAGAAGCCACUUAGCCGUCAACCAUUCAAUGCUCAUUAAAGAAAUGUCUCACACACUAUUGAGCAAGCAGAUUCAGCCCUCUGUUGAGCAUCAAGGCUCAUUAGUGAGCCAUCAAGUUAAGACUGGCCAUCUCUUCAGCUGACCCGCCAUAAUCGUAUUUCUCUUAAAAUAGUUAGCAUGUGACAGCUCACUCAGAGAAUGAGUUGGGAACCAUAACAUGUUGCAGAAUGGCUGGGUCUAAGGCCCCUCCAGUUUUGUGGCUGGAUUUCCUAACAGGCUAAAGUGGGGAGGGUAAAAAGAGCCCACAUGAUACUCUACGGUUGUUAUUGGACUCCAACUCCCGUCAUCCCCAAUUGUGGACCAUGGUGCCUGAGGAUGAUGGGAGCUGUAGUUCAAUGACAUCUCGAAGGCCCCAUGUUAGCUGCCGCUGAGCUAACUGCUUCUGUGGGGGCUUCAUUUCUAUAUGGCUAGAUCUUGACCCCCAUCUUGUGACUAGAGGAAGUAAAAUUUAUUAUUAUAAAUAAACUUGUGCAAUUGACAUAGGUUGCAGCAGUCAGCUUUUCUCGGGACAGAAUUAGGCCAGGUUCUCCCCUCCCCGAAGUGAUAAAGCUAGGUUUGGACUAUACCACUUUUGACUGCAGGUGGUGACUCACAUGGCUGAAUGGGGCUUCUUUGCUCCCACAGGUCCCUCUGCAGGCAGGAAACUGUAUGGCAGGGGAAAGGGAUAGGCCAGGUGCCUUCUCCGCAACAUGCACUUCUUUAUGAAUGGCUUCUGCCCACAUUGUAAUAUGUAAUAUCCUAUGCACCCCCAAAAUCUAUAUCUGACAUGGUAUAGUCCAAAGGCAGGCUUACAACUUUGGUGAGAAGUAGUCCUUUGUUCUAGCAGUACUGAAGCUUCAUUAUUUAAAAAUAACUAUUUUAGAACGAAAUAUGCACAGUUCAGGUUUUGGGGCGACAGUGGAGAACCUCAGGUCCAGGGGUCUGAUGUGGCCCUCAGUACCUCUCUGUGUGGCCCUCACUCCUCAGUGGCCUUGCUUUACACCCUCCUUGAAUAUUUUUGCCCAGCUGGAAUGUGUCCUUGGAUAAUGCCUCUUGCCUGCCUGGAUAGAGAGGAGGCUGUGGAGAAACUAGCCUGUUUCAAAAAGCUAACAUUUAUAUUCAUUACUCUGCCCAGUUUUGCCUCUGGCCCCACCCACAACCCUUGGGCUACCAAAGGUCACCCUCCCUUUUUAGGGGUUUUCUCCAAUGUGAUGACCCCUUGCUCAUACAAGCACAGUGUCGGAGGAUUGGGCAGAAGGCAAAUUGCUGCAAGUAUUUUCUCUAACCCUCUCAUCUCCCCCUCCUACCCCUUGAAUUUCCUUGCAGGGACGGAGCAAGCCAACCCUGUGUCAACUGCAGAAGCUGAUGAGGUAAAGCAGAACAUCCGAAGGCUGAAUCAAGAGGUAGGAAGCAGCAGGGCUUUAUUUUAUUUGGGAGUCACUAGGGUGCAGUCCUGGCAUCAGUUUUCCCUGCCGGGGCUGUGCCCUAGAAAAUACAAAGUCAAGUUUAAAAUGCCUCUGAGCAUGGGCAAAGUGCAUUUGCCUUGCCACCAAGUAAGCACAGCACACUCUCAUACAUCAAGGACUAGGGGAAACUCUAGAUCAGGAGGUGAUGUUUGCAGGUGUCUCUUUCACCCUGAAAACUAAGCAGGGUGGGAUGGGGAGAUGCAUAGCUGCCAAAACAUCACCACUAGCUGCAAAUGCCGGGUUAGUUUAGUUUAGUUUAUUUGUUUGGCUCGACUGCAUUUAUUCCUGCCCCCACCCCCCACCCAUGGGGGAAGGAAAGGGAUGAGGGGGUUGAUUUUUCUGUGCAUCCGUGGUGUUGGCGUUUCUGACUCAGGGUGUCAGGGUUUAAAAUUAGCACCGGGUUGGUGACAAUUUCAUAGCAACAAAGCCAGCCUUCUCUUUCUUCUUCUCCUCUCUCUCCCCCCACCCUCACCCCACAAAACAAGUUGCCUGUGUGUUCUGCUCCUCAUUCUUCAUAGGAGCCCAUCUCAGGCAGAGCUUUCUCUCUCUCUCUCUCUCUCUCUCACACACACACACACACACACACACUCCCCGCCCCAAUGUCCUGACUCCUCCCCUUUCCCCAGCUGCUACAUAAAAGCCUCAAAGAUGUUGAAACAGAUCGGAUCAGAAAUAAGAGGCCCACAGCCAGUAGCCGUGUCUUUCUGUGUGGACACAUGGAGGGAUCAGGCCCUUGUAGAGGGCAUUCUCAGCACCAAAUGAAUUAUAGUCAUCACAGCAGAAUGAACUUCAGAUUGACAAAUAGUGUGGGACAGGGGCAGCAUGGGGAUGAUGUCACUGUGUGUGUGGACCACCUCAGAAAGCUGCCUGCAUCGAUGCACAUUAUCACACAGUGCAUACAUGCUCGUCGUGAGGAUGUAGUGGUUAGUGUGCAGGCCUAGGACCUGGCGAGACCCGGGUUCAAAUAGCCACUUAGCCAUAAAGCUCACUGGGUGACCUUGGGCCAGUCACUUUCUCUCAGUUUAAGUUGCCUCACAGCGCUUGUGUAGGGAUAAAAUGAGGACGAUGUAUGAUGACUUGGAGGAAAGGUGGGAUAUAAAUCAAAUAAGCAGGCAUGACACUCUCAACGUGCUCUAUAUAAAGGCUAGGUAUUGAUUCUUUUUCUGGUUUCCCCAGAUCAACAACCUGAACCGGGAAGUCUCCCAACUCAGUCGAGAGCUGCAGCAUCUGAUGAGCCUCCUUCAGAGUCAGCUUGCCAUCCAGCCUUCCUACGCCCCUGCCGCAAGCUGCCCUCACAACUGUGGCCAGCCCUCGCCUUCCCCACCUCCCACCAGCAGGCUGCCUUCGUCCCAGAGCAUGCCACCCCUCGGCCUCCCGGCCUCCUCGAGCGCAGACUUUUCAGCCUUCACCAACUCCCUGCCUUCUUCUGCCUCGUGCAUAGAGCACUUGGGACCCGGGGAGCAGAGGGGUUCCACUUCCUGUGGCCCCACGAGCCCCACAUACCAAUACCACUCCCUAUGGGCGGACACGGGACACGGAAGCCACCACUGUGGCCAGGCAGCCAAGGGGACUUCUUCCCGGUCGAGCUCGCCCACGCCGUGCCCCCUUAGCUCUCUCUCCCCAAGGAACUCUUUCUCCACUUGUUCGGGGCAGGGCUGUCCGCCACCAGCACGCUUCCACUUCCGGUCAAGCUCAGAGACCUUUCACUGA